AAAGUCUUCGCAAGCCGCUAGUUCGUCCGCGGUCUCCCGACUGGACGAAGAGUUCGUCCUUUUCACGAACCUAAUCACCGACAAGGUGGUUUUUAUUUAUUUAUUUAUUUUAUUUUAUUUUAUUUUAUUUUUAUUUCGUAUCGUGGACCGACCAGUGAAACAAGCCAACAUUGGACUACGGAUACACGGAAGGAUCGUGGCUGAAGGAGGCUGCUGUCAGCCAUGGGGACGGCCAAGAUGAAACAUCUUUGGCCGUUGGUGGCGUGGAUACUUCUAUUCCUAUGUCCAGCCGAAUCUCUGAGAGGACUCGGCCACGGACUAAGGAGAGAAGUGUUCUUCCUGAACCUCGAAGACGGCUACUUCGGCUGUCAAGUAAACGAGUCGACGGACAUCCUACAGCUACUGGAACUCUCCAAACUGUGCGACGACAACGUCGAUUGUUACCAAGGGACGGACGAGCAACGCGAGAGAUUGAAAUGCUCAGACGAUUGUACCAAGGAGGACGGCACCAGGUGUCUGAAUGGCGUCUGCUUGGACUCCGUGUGCCAUUGCAACGACGGUUUUGGUGGUUGCAAUUGUCAGGUGCCAGACGAGAACGAGUGCAAAUACCGUCCCUGUGAUAUAUUCGCGCAUUGCACGAAUACUCUUGGUAGUUUCCAAUGUUCCUGUUUCCCUGGCUAUCAAGGCGAUGGUUUCCAUUGCAAAGAUAUCAACGAGUGUGAUAACCCGGUACUUGCUGCGAGAUGCGUGGAGAACGCCGAAUGUUGCAAUCUUCCGUCGCAUUUCCUAUGCAAAUGCAAACCUGGCUACAUCGGCGACGGCGAGGUGCAUUGCGAGGAUGUGAACGAGUGCGCGAUAUCUGGAGCGUGUGGUGAUAAUACUGUCUGCAACAAUAUUCCGGGGAACUACACUUGUGCCUGUCAACCUGGGUUCACGGGAGACCCCUACGAAACUUGUAUCGAUAUCAACGAAUGCGAUUACGCGGGUGCUUGCGGAAGGGGUGCCUUGUGCGUCAAUCUUCCGGGCUCCCACAAAUGCGAAUGUCCCGAGGGAUAUAACGGCGAUCCUGAAGAAGAAUGCGUGGACGUCGACGAAUGUCUGCGCAGUCCUUGCGGUCGUUCAGCUGAGUGCACAAACGUGCAUGGCAGUUUCCGCUGCUCUUGCCCGGAAGGAAUGAGCGGCGAUCCUUGGGUAGGCUGUCACGAUAUAAACGAAUGCGAGGAGGGUACACCGUGCGGCUCGGAUGCUGAGUGCGUGAACACAGAGGGUAGUUUCGAGUGCAGAUGUCAGACAGGCUAUCAAAUGGAUGAAACGCAUGGUUGCAUCGAUGUGAACGAGUGCAGCCGGUUGGAUGCAUGCGCGGAGAACGCAAGAUGCAUCAACGUACCAGGAUCGUAUAAGUGCAUCUGCCCCCAAGGCUUCAUCGGUCAAGGACUAACAUUGUGCGAAAACGUGAACGAAUGCGAGAGAAAUCCUUGCGGCGAAAACGCUGAAUGCAGCGACACGAUCGGCAGUUUCGUAUGCAGUUGCAAGGCGGACUACACUGGGGAUCCGUUUAAGGGAUGCAGCGAUAUCGACGAAUGCACAGCAUUAGAGAACCCUUGUGGAAGGUAUGCGAUUUGCAAGAACACGGAUCCUGGUUACAAUUGCGUCUGUCCACCGGGAUAUAGUGCCAAUCCCAAUCCGACAAUCGCUUGUGAACAGACCGACGUGACAACACUUUGCAAAUCAAACUUCGACUGCGUGAACAACGCCGAGUGUAUCGAAGGUCAGUGCUUCUGCAAGGACGGGUUCAAGGCUAUUGGAGCCGAAUGUGUGGACGUUGACGAAUGUCUUUCGAACCCUUGUGGACCUGCAUCGGUUUGCAGCAACACUAGGGGCAGUUAUCACUGCGAAUGCGAAUCCGGCUUCGUUGGAACUCCGCCACAUAUACCUUGUAAAGCACCGUGCGACGAAGUAACUUGUGGAGAUCAUGCGUACUGCAAGGCAGAUGGCCACGAAGCUUAUUGUAUCUGCGAGGAUGGCUGGACUUUUAAUCCGAAUGACAUUGCAGCUGGAUGCGUUGAUAUAAACGAAUGUGACGCAAUAAAUGGUCCUUCGGGACGUUGCGGUAAAAAUGCCAUCUGUACCAAUACUCUGGGUGGAUUUAGUUGCCAAUGCAAACCUGGAUUUUCUGGAAAUGCCUUCAAACAAUGCAUGGACGUAGACGAAUGUGGCAGACCAGAUGCUUGUGGCCACGGGGCCACAUGCACCAACACCGAGGGUUCUUAUUCCUGCACCUGUCCAGAAGGGACCAUUCCAGAUCCCGAUCCUUACAUCAAGUGUGUGGGCAUAGUUACCUGUGAAGUCGAUGGUGAUUGCCCCGGAAACGCCAUUUGUGAUCCACAGAAACGUUGUCUGUGCCCGGAACCCAACGUUGGAAACGACUGUAGACAUCCGUGCGAAGACUUAUCUUGCGGACCAAACGCCCACUGUAUGCUGUCAAACGACGUGGCCACGUGUUUGUGUCGCAGUGGUUACACAGGAAAGCCAGGAGUGAAGGGCGGUUGCAGAGACAUCGACGAAUGCGCCAUUAAUCCGUGUCCUCAAGGAGCGAUCUGUAAUAACGAGCCAGGAUCCUUUUCCUGUCAAUGUCCCAGUGGCACCACGGGUGAUCCUUACAGUGGUGGUUGUCAAGAAUCGAAAGCUCCGCAUGUAUGCGGACCAAGUACUCCGUGUCCAGCUGGAGAACAGUGCAUCAAGGAUGAAUUCGUGGGGAGCAGCGUUUGUAUUUGUCAGAGAGGGUAUACUAGGGAUCACGAAUCUGGUAAAUGUAGAGACAUUAACGAAUGUAUGGAACUCAGAGAUAAACCUGCCUGCGGUGUUAACGCCAUUUGUAAGAAUUUACCUGGGAGCUACGAGUGCCAGUGUCCGUCUGGAUUUAAUGGAAAUCCGUUCUCCCUUUGCGAAGAAUGCAACAGUAUCGAGUGUCAAUGCCAGCCUCCGUAUAAGAUCGUCAAUGGGAAAUGUAUGUUGGCCGGAUGUUCCAAGGGAGAAAAAUGUCCCAGUGGUGCAGAAUGCAUCACCAUUGCUGGAGGAGUCAGCUACUGCGCUUGUCCCAAGGGUUACACUACCAAGGCUGACGGUUCUUGCGAAGAUAUAAACGAGUGUAUCGUUGGACACCAAGUAUGUGGCUACGGAGCAGAGUGCGUAAACCUGCCAGGAUCUCAUCAGUGCGUUUGUCCACACGGUUAUGGCGGAGACCCAUACAACGGUCUGUGUUCUCCGGCUCAGAAAAGAUGCACAAGCGACAACGAGUGUAAAGCCAACGAGAAAUGCGUGCAGCCUGGUGAAUGUGUUUGUCCACCGCCAUUUUACACGGAUCCUCUCGAUGGAAACCUUUGCAAGAAUCCCUGUGACCGGUUCCCAUGCGGUAUAAACGCAAAGUGUACACCAAGCGAUCCACCGAGGUGUAUGUGCGAGGCUGGUUACGAAGGUGAUCCUCAACACGGUUGUGUGGACGUGAACGAGUGUGCUAAUAAUCCCUGUGGUCACGGUGCCUACUGUAUUAACACCAAGGGCGAUCACAUUUGCGAGUGUCCAAAGGGAACAGUGGGUGAUCCUUACGGCGGUGGUUGUACCAGAGUCGCUGUGACUAAGAACGAAUGUUCUUCUAAUGACGAUUGCGACAAUAUCUUCGCUUGUGUCAAUGGAAGAUGCGUGAACCCUUGUGAUAAUAUACCUUGUGGACCAAACGCAUACUGCGAGCCUGAUAAACAUGCUGCCUGGUGUCGAUGUGUAAUUGGAUUUGUGGAAGGCAAGAACAACGAGUGUGUUUCACAGUGCGAUGGUUUCGUGUGCGGCUCUGGAGCACAGUGUAUCGUGAGUUAUAGUGGACCAACGUGCAAAUGUAUCGAAGGUUUCAUGGGGAAUCCGUUCCCUGGUGGUCAGUGUCAACCGGACGUUUGUUCUCCGGAAGUUCCCUGCGCAGAACCAAGCGUGUGCAUAAGUGGAAGGUGUAAACGUCGAUGUGAAGGCAUAGUCUGCGGAGUUGGUGCAUCUUGUGACCCAGCGACGAAUAAAUGUGUGUGCAAUCCUUAUUUCAUUGGAAAUCCGGAUCUCCUCUGUAUGCCACCGAUUAAUCCAGCUGUCUGCGAUCCUGCUUGUGGCUCUAACGCUCACUGUGAAUAUACGUUGCAAGAAUCGAAGUGUGUGUGCAAUCCUGGUACCAGUGGAAAUCCGUAUCAUGGUUGUGGUGUGCAACAAAAAUCUGAUUGCUCCACUGCUCUGUGUGGCAAGGACGCACAUUGUAAUGCUGGUCCGAAUGCUGUUGAAUGCCUGUGUCCUCCUGGAUACGCUGGAAAUCCGUAUAUUCAGUGUCAUGAUAUCAACGAGUGUAAUGGAAACGCUUGCGGGAGCAACGCAGUAUGCAUCAACACUAUCGGCAGCUACGACUGUCGUUGUAAAGAAAGUUACUUCGGCAAUCCCUUCAUCGGUUGCCAACAGGUCCAGGUCGGUCCUUGCACCGAUCCAUCAACCUGCACCUGCAGUGACUCGGUACCUUGUCCAUUCGACUACAGCUGCGUGUCUGGCAAAUGCAUAAAUCGCUGCAGCGACGUAAAAUGCGGACCAAGAUCAGUCUGCCAGGAUGGAGCUUGCGUGUGUCCACCUGGUUACAGUGGCGAUCCCAACGACCUGAUCAAAGGUUGUUAUCUUCACGGUCAUUGCUCCAACGAUCUCGAUUGUGAACCUCAACAGAUCUGCUUCCAAGUUGGGAAAGGUGUUAGAAAAUGCGUAGACGCGUGCAGCAAGUUACAGUGUGGUCCAAACGCAUUGUGUAUCACCCAGAAUCAUGUGUCUUCGUGUCUCUGUAUCGAUGGAUACAAGGGAAAUCCUAGCAAUCUCGUGGAAGGCUGUAAACCAUUUAAAUCAGUGAUAACACCAAAAUGUGAACACGAUUCAGAUUGUUCUGAAGGUUCUUUCUGUAUUCUUCUGGACGGUGGUGUCCGCGAAUGUGUAAAUCCAUGUAGCAAGGUAGUCUGUGGUGCUCACCAGAAGUGCGAGCCUGAUAUAAUCCCUGGUCAUGCUACCUGCAAGUGUCAAGAUGGCUACGAAUGGAAUCCGAUACUAUCCUCCUGCGAAAAGCCAUCUGUCCCUGAUUGUAUAUCUGAUGACGAUUGCCACACCACAGAAGCUUGUAGGCCAGAUGCUCUUGGUGUAUUAAAGUGUGUCUCUGUUUGUAAAAGUUUCACCUGUGCGAUUAACUCCCAGUGCAUGGCCGAGAGACAUCGAGGUCGCUGUGAGUGUUUGCCUGGUUUUAUCGGCAAUCCAAACGAUCGUCAAGGAUGUCAAACACCUAGGAAAGACCAGUGUUCCACCGACAGCGAGUGUCCAGAAGAUCAAACCUGUAGGAGCACCAAAGAAGGUCUUCUGACCUGUCAACCAGUCUGCAAUUUCGUUUCGUGCGGUCCAAAUGCUUUGUGUGUGGUGCAUAAUCACGUAGCUAAUUGUGAAUGUCCACCUGGCCUCUACGCUGGUGAUCCCAACGACGUUGUAAAAGGAUGUCGAGCUGUUCCAUGCGUGUAUAACAUCGACUGUCCACCCACUCAGCUUUGCAAUAGAUUGACGCACACUUGUUACGAUGCUUGUGAUGAAAAUGCUUGCGGUGUGAACGCUGUUUGCAUCGCGGAUGAUCAUAGGGCAAUUUGUCAGUGUCCUCCAGGGCUGAAGCCUAAUCCUGUUCCUGACGUCGAGUGCGUUCCUCUUGAAGCUUGUCAUCCGAAUCCUUGCCAUGAAACAGCUCUCUGUGUACCUGGACCAUCCAGCAAUCCUGUUUGUCAGUGUCCACCGAAUUUUGUCGGAGAUCCUUACGUGAAAGGCUGUCAACCGGAAGGAUAUUGCGCCAGUGUCAAGGAUUGUCCUGUGCAUUCCAUUUGUCAUAAUCAUCGAUGCGCCAAUCCUUGUGAAAACGCCUGUGGACCGAAUUCUAUUUGCGAUAUUAUCAAUGGUCAACCCACUUGCAAGUGUAUUCAUAAGUUUAUUCCAUCUUCGAAGGGCCCGCAGGAUGGUUGCGUCCGCGCCACGAAUUAUUGCAACGUCGACGCUGAUUGCGUGGAGAGCAUCUGCCUCGAAGGACAGUGUAUAGCUGUUUGUCGAGCGAUUACCGACUGCUCUGCUGGUGAAAAGUGUGUGGAUAGUAAGUGUAUGGUACCUUGUGUUACUCAUACACAGUGCCAGACUGAUCAGGCUUGCGUUAACGGAAUGUGCAUUCUGGGAUGUCGAAGCAAUAAGAACUGUCCUUCGACGGAAUCCUGUAUCGACAACAAGUGUCAAGAUCCAUGCAAGAGAAAGGACGUUUGCGGUCCAAACGCGAUCUGCAGCUGCACAAAUCACGCUACCACCUGCACCUGUCCCCUUGGAUUCCACGGAAAUCCCACACCCCAGCAAGGUUGCGUCAGAGUGCCGAAUAUUUGCGAAGGUCCUCAAGACUGCCCCAGUCAGCAUCUGUGUAUCUCUGGAUUCUGUCAAUGUCAAUGCAGCGAACAGGACAACUGUGCCGAAGGAGAACGUUGCAAGAACGGAAUAUGCAUGAAAGUGUGCUACGGCGACAGUAAUUGUUUGCCAGGUGAAUUGUGCAUCGAUGGAGUUUGCGAAGUAGGUUGCACCUCUGACGUUGGUUGCAACGAUAACGAGGUGUGCAUCAACAACAAAUGCAAAUGCAGCCACGGAUUUAUUGCUGGACCAGAACACUGCCUGGACAUCAACGAGUGUGACGAUCAACCGUGUCACUCGAGCGCAGAGUGCGUCAAUCUUCAUGGAUCUUAUCGCUGCGUCUGUCCACAAGGCACAGCUGGUGAUCCUGUGGGAACAGGUUGUGUAAUUCCUCACCAGUGCACCGUACACGCAGAUUGUGCCGAUUCACAGGCUUGCGUCCAACAUAAUUGCACCGAUCCUUGCUCUUUGGUUGACUGUGGUCUCAAUACUAUUUGCUCCGUUUUGGAUCACACGGCUGCCUGUCAAUGUCAGCCUGGUUACAUUGGGGACUCUUCAGGGUGCUUCAAAGUGGAAUGUCUUUCUAACAACGAUUGCUCUAUAGACAAAUACUGCAAUCAGGAUACUAACAAAUGCAGCAGUCCUUGUAAUCAAGUGGAUUGUGGAUACGGCAACUGCAUAGCGUCCGAUCAUUCUGGAAUAUGCAAAUGUUAUCCUGGUUUCGAGCUAGCGGGUGACAUUUGCGUAGACAUUGACGAAUGUUUGAAGAAUCCUUGUCACUCCUCCGCGGUUUGUCAAAACACCGAAGGCUCUUACGCUUGCAUCUGUCCUCAUGGUUUGGUCGGAGAUCCUUUCAAAUCUGGUUGCAAACAACCGGGAGACUGCUUCACGGACCUCGAUUGUCCAAAUACUGCUGCUUGCAUUGAUAAUAGAUGCACCAAUCCUUGCGACGUAUCACCGGAUGGUCAUUCGUGCGGAAGAAAUGCCGAAUGUUUCGUUCAUGAUCACGUUCCACUUUGCAGAUGUCCUGAUCAGACCACUGGCAAUCCGACAACGGAAUGUAUUCACUUAGAAUGCAACUAUCACAGCGACUGCAGUCCUUCCGACGCGUGUUUCAAUCACAAGUGCGUCGAUCCUUGUUCUCUUUCAAACGUAUGUGGACAAGGAGCAGAUUGUUCUUCUUUAAAUCACAGUGCAGUGUGCACGUGUCAACCUGGCGGCACUGGCGAUCCUAAUUUAGGUUGUACACCUGUUCAAUAUUGUAAAUCGGACUCCCAAUGUGCUACUGGUUCAGCUUGCAAUGGAGGAAUAUGCACUGCCCUUUGUGGAAGCACGAGAGAUUGUAUCGGCGAUCAGCUUUGCAUCAAUGGUCUCUGUCAGCCCACCUGCAAGAGCAACUCCAGUUGCCCCGAGUACCAAUACUGUCACAACAACAUAUGCGUGCAAGAAUUACGUUGCAUAUCCGACGAUGACUGUUCUUACGACGAAAGAUGCAUCAAAAACAACAUUGGACAAGCAGAAUGUCAGAAAGCUUGCGAUCUGCUCCUCUGUGGACGCAACGCCGAGUGCAAAGCGGAUAAUCACGUUGCAGUUUGCUCCUGCAAGCCUGGAUUCUUCGGAAAUUCGAAAGACGACAAGAUUGGAUGCCAAUCUAUCGAAUGUGAGAUCAACGACGACUGCAGCGGAGAGAAGAUUUGUGACGCGCACAAGUGCAGGAUCGCUUGUUUAGCUCACAAUCCUUGCGGCGUCAAUGCUAUUUGCACAGCAGAGAAACACGUUCAAAUUUGUACGUGUCAACCGGGUUACACUGGAGAACCAACUCAUGGAUGUCAAUUGAUCGAUUAUUGUUCGGAUCAACCUUGCGCACCUGGUGCUGUGUGUGAAAAUUCCAGAGGGUCCUAUAGGUGUCACUGUCAACAGGGAAUGGUUGGAGAUGCUUAUAAUAGCGGUUGUCAACCACCGGUAGAAUGUCUGCAGGACGGAGACUGCCCACUGACUGCAAAAUGUAUAAACGUCAACAACGUACCCAAAUGUUUCGAUGUCUGUUCACGUACACAGUGUGGACCAAACGCAGACUGUGUGGCCUCUAAUCACGCAGGUGCCUGCCAGUGCCGGUCCGAUUACGAAGGUGAUCCGAACAAUCUAAGUAUAGGCUGUCGACCUAAACCGGUUGUUUGCACGUCAGCCGUGGACUGUUCGCCCAAUACCUACUGUUACGAGGGGAUCUGUCGACCGUUCUGCCAAUCGGACGAAGAAUGCAACCUGUCUGAUGUGUGUCUCAAUGGACAAUGCUUGGAUCCUUGCAACGUGAAGGCCGCGUGCGGAAUAAAUGCGGAAUGCAACGUGAAGAGUCACAUUAAACAAUGCAGCUGUCCACCUGGGUUCACCGGUAACUCGGAAGUGGAAUGUGUCAGAUUACCCGUGUCCUGCAGAGACACCAACGACUGUAACGGUGGCAACACUUGUCGCGACAACGUGUGUCUUCCAAUCUGCACUAGCGACAACGAGUGCGCUUUCAACGAAAAAUGCGUCCAAGGAAAUUGCCUUCUCACCUGCAGACUCGACAACGACUGUUUCUUGGGUCACAUCUGUCUGCACAACAUGUGUGCGUUUGGUUGUCGCGCGGACGAGGACUGCAACGCGAACGAAGCUUGCAUCACGAACAAGUGUAUCAAUCCUUGCGAAGCCACUCCUUGUGGGCCAAAUGCUAAAUGCACAGUAUUUAAUCAACGAGCCACCUGUUCGUGUCCAGCAGGCUUCAUGCCGAAUCCAACUGCAAAAGUGGCUUGUUUAAGAUCGCCUGGACCCGUUUGUCAAACGAACAGGGACUGUGCGACAGGAACAGCUUGCAUUGGAGGACUGUGCACUCCUGUCUGUUCUACAGACUUAAAUUGUUUGAGUAACGAACGUUGUGAUCCUUCGGGAAUCUGUAAAUCGUUGUGCAGGAGAGACGAAGAUUGUAGGAGCGGAGAGAUUUGCGAGGGAUUGGUUUGUGUCAUUGGAUGUCGCGCUGACGUGGAGUGCCAGGAGAAUUUCGCUUGUUUAAACAACCAGUGUCAAGAUCCUUGCACUCUUCCUGAUGUUUGCGGAGUGAACGCCAAGUGUACGGUCGUAAAUCAUCAGAAACACUGUUCCUGUCCGACACCAUUAGUCGGUGAUCCUCUAAUUGGUUGCAAACAGGCGUUCUUGCCUUGUGGCAACGAAGAUGAAUGCGCUACUGGCCAGACUUGUUACGGAAGAUCUUGUUACGCUACGUGCAGAAGCGACGCUAAUUGUCUAAGCGACGAACGUUGCGACGGAGGAAUUUGCAAAGCCAUUUGCAACAGCGACGAUCAUUGCGUGGCUAAUCAGAUCUGUCAAAAUAGGCUGUGUGACAUCGGAUGUCGCAGUGAUAAUACUUGUCCCAACGACGAGUCCUGCGUGAACAAUAAAUGUAAAAAUCCUUGCGAGGGUGGCAAGGCUUGCGGAGAAUGUGCCGGUUGCCGCGUUGUAAAUCACGUGGCACAAUGCAGUUGCCCAGCUAAUUAUUACGGAAACGCUUUGAUCAGUUGCGCGAAAUCUAUGAUUCCUUGUGAUGUCACUUGUGAGUGCGAUGAAAUUGGUUUUUGCACGAAGAGCUGCUAUAGUCAGGAUCAAUGUUCUUGCGGGGAAGUUUGUCACUCUGAAAAGUGUCGCAUCAAGUGUGAUGUUAACAACUAUUGUCCAAAGGGAUACGUUUGCGACCAGGGACUAUGCCUUAUUGGUUGCCGCACUUAUUCCGACUGUCCUUCCUCCUUAUCCUGCGUCAGUGGUCAAUGCGAAGAUCCAUGCUCAGCUAAUGGAUCUCCCUGUGGAACCAACGCAUUGUGUCGUGUCUCGAAUCACAGAGCAGUGUGCUUAUGCCCAGAAGGAUACCAAGGAGAACCCAGUCAAGAAUGUUACCAAUUAGAGUGUCAUCAUGACGACGACUGUGAGGCCAACAAACGAUGCAGCGAGGACGGCGUUUGCACAAACCCUUGCUUGCAACAUGGUGUCUGCGGCUUCAACGCACAGUGCAGAGUAGUCAACAGGAAGGCUCAGUGCUCUUGUCCACCUGGACACUACGGAAAUCCUAAGAUCAACUGUAAGAAAGGUGGAGACGAGUGCUUAAGGAGACCGUGCGGCGUGAAUGCGAAGUGCAGAGAGACUCUGAAUGGAUUCGAGUGUACUUGCGAUCCUGGAUGCCACGGAGAUCCUCAUCAAGCUUGCAUUUGCGACGGAGGAGAGCUGUGCAAGGAUAUGCGUUGCGGAGUGAACGCUGCAUGCAGGAUUUAUAAGAAUCAACCACAGUGCUACUGUCCAUCGAAUUAUCCGUCCGGAGAUCCGACGCAGGCGUGUAAGUAUUUGAGUUUAGGAGACUGUCGCACGAACGGUUGCGGUAAAGGGGCUGAAUGCAUACGAGACGGUGCGAUAUUCGUAUGCAGAUGUCCACCGGGUACCAGUGGAUCGCCGGAUAUCGAGUGCACCACAGAGCGCGAAUGCACCAGCGACCUAGAGUGCCCCAAUGAAAAAGCCUGCAUAAACCUGCAAUGCGUGGACCCGUGCGGUCUCCGCGGUGCCUGUGGGAUCAACGCCCUGUGUCGUGUGGUUCUGCACAAGCCACGAUGUUCCUGCCCUCAGUGUUAUAUCGGUAUGCCUCACACGGCCUGUCAUCCAGACCCCAAAUGCGAAACGCUGAAUCCCAGACCUACGCCGAACAUCGGUUGCUCGUCCGAUCGCGACUGUCCAGAGAGUCUAUCCUGUCAUUCUCGUACCGGAGAGUGUCGUGAUCCGUGUCUAAGUUCACAAUACACCUGCGAAGUAAAUAAGAGAUGCCAGGUGCGGAACCACAGGCCCAUGUGCGUGUGCAAAUACGGAUUCGUCGUGAACGAGGUCGGGGAGCUGACCUGCGCCCCCGACACGUUGACAUGCACGAGGGAUUUCGACUGUCCGUCGAACGCCGCGUGCGUUAAUGGAAAAUGCCAGAAUCCGUGUAACGUGAGAAAGAAAAAGCCGUGUCCGGCUGAUAAAACCUGCGAUGUCCUGGACCACCGUCCCGUCUGCAUAUGCACACAAAACUGCAAUCCCUCCCUCUCCAUUUGCCUGCGAGACAGUGGCUGCUCUCCAGACUUGGCGUGCCGCAACUAUCGCUGCGUGGACCCAUGCAGAAACUCCACCUGUCCGGCUGAUGCCCCCUGUUACGUGGAGGAGCACAAGCCUAUCUGCAAGUUCUGUCCCCCCGGCUUUGUGCCAGACACUAAAUACGGAUGCAUGAAAGCAGUACUUCACCACACGUCCGACCGUUUCUGCGAGUCUGAUGACGACUGCAGCGACACAGAAGCCUGUGUCGAUGGAUCCUGCGUUGAUCCUUGCGUCGGCCACUGUCGAUCGACAGUUCGAUGUCUGGUUAAAGCACACAGGCCUGUUUGUGGCUGCGACCAAUACGAUCACACUUGUACAAACACCACCACAACUAUGCAAACUUUCGAUUAUUCGACACCAGAAAUCUACGAGAUGACUACACUUUCGACAACUACAGAAUUUAAUUUUAAUACCACAGCAUAUACUUCUAUUGUUACGGAGGAAAGUACAACGAUUCCGUAUUCGAGUGAAAGUACAGAAUCUUCAAGUGAAGUGGCCACUGAAACUUCUGAGGCCUCUAUGACAACUAUGCAAACUUUCGAUUAUUCGACACCAGAAACUUACGGGAUGACUACGCUCUCAACAACUACGCAAUCUAAUUUUAAUAUCACAGCAUAUACUUCUACUGUUACGGAGGAAAGUACAACGAUUCCGUAUUCGAGUGAAAGUACAGAAUCUUCAAGCGAAGUAGCCACUGGAACUUCUGAGGCGUCUAUGACAACUAUGCAAACUUUCGAUUAUUCGACACCAGAAAUCUACGAGAUGACUACACUUUCAACAACUACGCAAUCUAAUUUUAAUUUCACAGCAUAUACUUCUACCGUUACGGAGCGAAGUACGAUUCCGUAUUCGAGAGAAAGUACAGAAUCUUCAAGUGAAGUAGCCACUGAAGCUUCCGAUACCUCUAUGACAACUACACAAACUUUUAACUAUACGACACCAGAAACUUACGGGAUGACUACACUUUCAACAACUACGCAAUCUAAUUUUAAUACCACAGCAUAUACUUUUUCUACUGUUAUGGAAGAAAGUACAACAAUCUCGUAUUUCAGUGAAAGUACAGAAUCUUCGAGCGAAGUAAUCACUGGAAUUUCUGAGACUUCUAUUAUUCAAGAAAGCACACCCAUCUCCAUGGAAAGCAAACCAACUUUAAGUACAACAGUAGCGGAUGACGUAUUUAGAACUUCCACGACUUUGACGACAAAUGUCGGAGGUGUAGAAAGUACUACUGCUUUAGACGUCUCAGAAGUGUCUACUGUUAAAGAUAUUUCCGAAGAAAGUACCGAAAUUAUUCCAACAGUGAAAGACAUUGAAGUCAGUAGUGAGAAAUUUUCUGAGAGUGAGACAACUACUAUGUCUUAUGUUAAUACUACGCGGUAUAUAUCGACUACUGAAAUGACGUUUACUACGAAUUUAAUGAAAGAAACGAAUGUAAGUACAGAAGUAACUGAACCGACAAAAGUGCAGAUAGUCACUCCUGUUACAUAUGUUUAUCCUCCAGAUGAGACGUUACCAUUGGGUCAUGUUGUUACUGUUACUCCGAUAUGUGUAGGUGAGUAUACUACAGAGGUGCCAGAGAUUACCGAAUCGACAAGUAUGUCUAGUAGUUUUAUUGAGAAUGUUACAAUGGGCGAAAGUUCCAGUACAAUGGGAUUGAUUACUGAGAAUUUAAAUAUAGCGACGACAGAAAAUGUAACAUUGAUAACUGUGACAGCAGAAUAUCCUCAGAAAUAUGAAACAACAAUCGAGUCAACGACACAGAUGUCGCAAAUAACAGGGGAAUAUUCGACAGAGCCAUUUUACCAUUACACAACUUUAGAAUCUUCUACAAGUAAAUUGGGAACAACUACUGAAAGAUCAACCGAAAGAAAUUUUGUAACAGACUUUUUCACGAAAGAACCUUCGGUAACAAUGUAUUCUACGGAAGAAUCUUUGGAAACCUCAACGAUUGAACAACCACGAACAAUAAUGCAAUAUAUUACGGAUCAACCUUCUACAACUAGUCAGUUUUCUACCGAACAACAAUCAACGACAACACAAUAUUUGACAGAACAAUCUUUUACAACUCUACAGUAUUCAACAGAAUCACCAUUAACAACUGAACAAUAUACUACGGAACAAUCUUCUACAACUGGUCAGUUUGCUACUGAACAACAAUCAACGACAACACAGUAUUCAACAGAACUAUCUUUUACAACUCUAAAGUAUUCAACAGAAUCACCAUUGACAACUGAACAAUAUACCACGGAACAACCUUCUACAACUGGUCAGUUUUCUACUGAACAACAAACAAUAACAACACAGUAUCCAACAGAAAAAUCCUUUACAACUCUACAGUAUUCAACAGAGUCACCAUUCACAACUGAACAAUAUACUACGGAACAACCUACUGCAACUAGUCAAUUUUCUAUCGAACAACAAUCAACGACAACACAGUAUUCAACAGAACAAUCUUUUACAACUCUAAAGUAUUCAACAGAAUCACCAUUAACAACUGAACAAUAUACCACGGAACAACCUUCUGGUCAGUUUUCUACUGAACAACAAUCAACGACAACACAGUAUUCAACAGAACAAUCUUUUACAACUCUAAAGUAUUCAACAGAAUCACCAUUGACAACUGAACAAUAUACCGCGGAACAACCUUCUACAACUAAUGAAUAUGUCAUCGAACAACAACCAUCGACAAUACAGUAUUCAACAGAACUCUCAACUGAACAUAUCACGGAACAGCCUUCAACAAUUCAACAAUAUUCCACGGAGCAGCCACAAACGACUAUACAAUAUUCCACGGAGCAGCCACAAACGACUAUACAAUAUUCCACGGAAUACUUACGAACAACAACGCAAUAUUCAACUGAACAACCUUCAACAACUAAUCAAUAUUUCACACAACGACAACAACCAACAACAAUACAGUAUUCAACAGAACUUCCAACUACUGAAUAUAUCACGGAACAGCCUUCAACAGUUCAACAAUAUGCUACGGAACAGCCACAAACAACUAUACAAUAUUCUACGGAACACUUACGAACAACAACGCAAUACUCAACGGAACCACCCGCAACAACUAAUCGAUAUUACACCGAACAACAACCAACAACUGUACAGUAUUCAACAGAACUUCCAACUACUGAAUAUAUCACGGAACAGCCUUCAACAGUUCAACAAUAUUCCACGAAGCAGCCACAAACAACUAUGCAAUAUUCCACGGAAUACUUACGAACAACAACGCAAUAUUCAACGGAACAACCUUCAACAACUAAUCCAUAUUUCACUGAACAACAACCAGCAACAACACGGUAUUCAACAGAACUCUCAACUACCGAGGAACAACGUCCAACAAUCCAACAGUAUUCCACGGAACAGGCACACACAACAAUACAAUAUUCCACGGAACAACCUACAAUAACUGUACCAUACUCCACAGAGCUAGAACAAUCUUUCACAGAGUCAUAUCCCACAUUAACAACUCCUAUAAAUACUCCAGGGCAGAUACCUUGCGACCAAACCACCAUCAAUGAUUCCAAAUGUAAUAUCUGUUUGAAUGAUACGUGUCGGCCCGUGUGCUUCAACCUAACAGUGAACCAGAGUACACCUAAUUGUAGCAUACUCCCAGAUACCAAAUGCAAAACGCACGACGACUGUCUCUCUCAAUUGGCCUGCAUAAACGAUCAGUGUCUGAACCCGUGCACUCUUCAUAAUCCUUGCGACUUCGUGGAAGUCUGCCAUGUUCAAGACCACAGACCCGUUUGCGUGAAAGAUGUAACAAACGAUAAAACAGACUGUCCCUACUGUCCAGCGGGUAUGGAGUGCGAUCCAGCGACGUAUACUUGCGUAAAAGCGAGUUGCACUAGCGACGAAGAUUGCCUGCUGUCAGAGGUGUGCAUUACGGGCACUUGUCAGGAUCCUUGUCUCGUUUCGAAUCCUUGCACCAAAAACGCGAUCUGCGUUAACACCAAUCACCAAGCGGAUUGCAGCUGCGAGGAUGGUUAUCAUGGAAAUGGAUUCUCCUACUGUGAACCAGAAGAAGAAAGCAGAAACGUAUGUCAAUACAACGAAGAUUGUCCAUCGAGCAAAUAUUGUGAUCGUCUUAACCGGAAGUGCAUCGACCCAUGCUUGGAGAACGAUUGCGGUGUUAACGCGAAUUGUUAUCCAGAGAAUCAUCAAGCUCAAUGCAAGUGUUUGCCUGGAUUCCAAGGAAAUCCUCAAGUUGGAUGCACACUAACGACCACUAAUCCGUGUGUUCCAAACCCUUGUGGUUUGGACGCCAUGUGCGAGAACGAUAAUGGCAAUCCUAUAUGCUUCUGCCCGAAAGGAUUGACUGGAAAUCCGUUUGAACAGUGUAUACCAGAAGGUGACCAGUGCCAAGAAAAUCCAUGUGGCGUUAAUUCUGGGUGUCGCGUAGUGUCAGGACAAGUGAGAUGCUUCUGUUUACCAGGAUACGAGGGGAAACCACCUGCUUCCCCUUGCACGCUUCCUAGCAACCCUUGCGAACCAUCUCCUUGUGGACCUAAUACUCAAUGUACCGUAUUGAACAACGGCCUUUCGAAGUGUACUUGCCUACCAGGAUACAUCGAGAGUCCAAAUACGAUCAGGGGAUGCGUGCCUAAGUCUGAUCAGUGUAGCCCUAAUCCCUGUGGACUUGGCGCUAAGUGUGACUCGGAUAGAGUACCUCCUUGUUAUUGUCCGGAGCACACCGUUGGAAAUCCUUAUCAGAGUUGCGCGGUAACUCCGUCAGAUACAUACUCACCUUGCCUGCUAGUUCCUUGCGGAAAGAACGCGGUCUGUGUCGAGGAGGACGGCAUUGGAAAAUGCAAGUGUGUUCCACCAUUUAUUGGAAACCCAUAUAUGGACGGUUGCGAAGCGGAAUGUAUCGUGAACCAAGACUGCGACAAUCAUCUUGCGUGUUUCAAUCAGCACUGUAGAGAUCCUUGUCCAGGUGUUUGCGGUUCCAAUGCAAAAUGCGAAGUGGUUGAUCAUGUUCCAGUUUGUUCUUGCCUACCUGGUUACACCGGCGAUCCGUUUGGCUCUUGCAAACUCGAGACGUCUCCUCUUCCAGCUCAGAAUCCUUGCAUGCCAUCGCCUUGCGGACCGCACAGUAUCUGUCGCGUGAUGAACGAUCGUGCGGUUUGUUCGUGCAGUCCAGGAUAUCAUGGAACGUCGCCUAAUUGUCGUCCAGAAUGUCUAGUUAGCUCAGAGUGCCCUGCACAUUUGGCUUGUAUCGGUCAAAAAUGUGGUGAUCCUUGCCCUGGUCUCUGUGGACAGAAUGCUUUAUGUCAGGUCGUCAAUCACAACCCCAUUUGCAGUUGUCCUCCGGAUUAUCUCGGUGAUCCUUUCACUCAAUGCGUCAAAGAAGAUAUACCACUGCCAAGACCAAAGAAUCCUUGUUUGCCAUCGCCCUGUGGUCCGAACGCCGAGUGUCGCGUGCAAGAGGAUCAUCCAGUUUGCACAUGUAUCAGUGGAAUGUUCGGAGCACCGCCGCUUUGCAGACCAGAGUGUUCGAUUCAUCAAGACUGUCCACAUUAUCUCGCCUGUGUUCAAAAGAAAUGCGUGGAUCCUUGUGCUGGUUCUUGCGGAUUUAAUACCAAUUGCACCGUACAGAACCAUCGGCCGAUGUGUCAAUGUAACGAGGGAUACGAAGGGGAUCCAUUCUCUGGAUGUAGUAAAGUUACUUUCCCAGUGCCACUGCCAUGCGAUCCAUCGCCGUGUGGCGCGAAUGCAAUUUGCAAAGAACGAAACGGAGCUGGUUCAUGUAGCUGUUUACCCGACUACACCGGAGACCCAUAUCAAGGAUGUAGACCAGAAUGUGUUCAAAAUUCAGACUGUGUUCAUACGAAGGCUUGUAUAAACAAUAAAUGCAAGGAUCCAUGCGUGGGUGCGUGUGGUAUAAAUGCUCAAUGUCAAGUGAUCAAUCAUCAACCCUCGUGCAGCUGUCUCUCUGGCUAUACGGGAGAUCCAUUAAAAUCCUGCCAUAUAUCGUCUGUAACACCACUGCCACGUGAUCCAUGCCAACCAUCACCUUGUGGAUCAUAUAGUAAUUGUCGCGUGAUCGACAAUCAUGCGGUUUGUUCCUGCCAGCCAGAUUAUGUCGGUAGUCCUCCACAAUGUAGACCAGAGUGUGUGGUUAGCACAGAUUGCGCUCAGAACAUGGCUUGUAUCGAUCAGAAGUGCAGGGAUCCUUGUCCAGGCACUUGUGGUCAGAAUGCUGAUUGUCAAGUUAUCAACCAUAAUCCCGUAUGCAGUUGCACGUCCGGAUACACCGGAGAUCCGUUCUUUGGUUGUGUUAAGGAAGUGGAACCGAAACAACCUGGACCAGAACCAAGUGGAAAUCCGUGCAUUCCAUCGCCUUGCGGUCCGAAUUCUCAGUGUCGCGUGAUUGAUGGAUUCCCAGCAUGUUCCUGUCUACCGAAUUACGUAGGCAGAGCACCGAAUUGCCGACCGGAGUGUGUUAUUAACGAAGGAUGUCCUGGAAAUCUUGCAUGUCAGAACGAACAGUGUGUAGAUCCUUGCCCGGGAUCCUGCGGCGUGAAUACUUACUGCAAUGUCGUGAAACACAAUCCAGUUUGUAUUUGCAACACCGGGUACACUGGAAAUCCGUUCACCGAAUGCAUACCUAUCAUGAAAGUACCCACAACCACGGAACAACCGCGCACGCCAUGCAAUCCAUCUCCGUGCGGAGCGAACGCGAUCUGCAACGAACGUAACGGUGUAGGAUCUUGCACUUGUCGUCCAGAAUACAUCGGCGAUCCCUACACAGGAUGUCGACCAGAAUGUGUGACAAACACCGAUUGCGAUCGUAGCAAGGCUUGCCUGAACAACAAAUGCGUGAAUCCAUGCCCUGGUACAUGCGGCCAGGGAGCAACUUGUCGCGUGAUCAAUCACGCUCCAUCGUGUUCCUGUCUUCCUGGUUUCACCGGGGAUCCUUUCAGCGCCUGCACAGUAUUAGAAGUGACACCAACUUCACCGCCACUAAAUCCUUGCGAACCAUCGCCAUGUGGACCCAACAGCAACUGUCGUGUUCACAAUGGACACGCUGUCUGUCUUUGUCAACUAGGAUUUGUCGGUGUUCCUCCAACCUGUCGUCCAGAAUGCACAGUGAGCUCGGAAUGUUCUCAAAACAAAGCGUGCAUCGAUAACAAGUGCGCAGAUCCUUGUCCAGGUUCCUGUGGGUUGAACACCAAAUGUCUGACAGUGAAUCACAAUCCCAUUUGUACUUGCACUAAUGGAUACACUGGCAAUCCACUGGUUCAGUGCACCAAAUUUAACGUGUCUCAACCACCGAUUAAGGAUCUUGGAAAUCCGUGCACUCCUAAUCCUUGCGGACCUAAUUCUCAAUGCAGAGUUAUUGGCUCUCAACCAGCUUGUUCUUGUUUGUCGAACUUUAUCGGUCGUCCACCGAAUUGUAGACCGGAAUGCACUGAUAACUCGGAUUGCUUCUAUUCGGCCGCGUGUAUUAAUCAAAGAUGCAAGAGUCCUUGUCCCGGAGCCUGCGGAGAGCUGGCUAGAUGCUCCGUUCAGAAUCACGUUCCGAUUUGUACGUGUCCCGAGGGUUAUGAGGGCGAUGCUACUGUUCGGUGUACUCUGGCACCUCCUCCAGCAACGGACAUAAGCGUAACAAAUCCAUGUUCUCCGAAUCCAUGCGGACCAAACGCCCAAUGUCGCGAACGAAACGGUGCAGGAGCCUGUGCAUGUCCACCGGAUCUUAUCGGAGAUCCAUACGAUAACGCGAAAGGAUGUCACAGAGAGUGUGAAUCGAACAACGAUUGUGCUCCACAAUUAACCUGCGUUGGUUUCAAGUGUUCUGAUCCGUGCCCAAGCACUUGCGGUACAUUAUCCAUCUGUAAUGUUCAGGAACAUGUUCCAGUAUGUACUUGUCCUCCAGGAUACACGGGAGACCCGUACUUCGCUUGCGAAGUUAAGGAAAUAUCGAGAGAACCAUUGGAUCCAUGUUCACCAUCACCGUGUGGACCCAAUAGUAAGUGUCGCGAAGUGAAUAGUCAAGCAGUCUGCACGUGUCUUCCGGAAUACAGAGGAAUUCCACCGAACUGUAGGCCUCACUGUGUGGUCAAUGCUGAAUGUCCAGCUCACUUGGCUUGUUUGAAUAAGAAAUGCAUGGAUCCAUGUCCAAACACCUGUGGAUUGAGAGCAUUGUGUACUACUAAGAAUCAUAAUCCUAUUUGUACUUGUCCUGUUGGAUUUACGGGAGAUCCUUUCUCACUAUGCUCGCCUGCGCAAGAAGUUCAACCGUUCACGGAACGACCGCCGUCCUGCACUCCAUCACCAUGCGGUCCGAAUUCCCUGUGUCAGAUCAUAUCCGGAAACCCAGCGUGCUCCUGUUUACCAAAUUACAUCGGUGUUCCUCCAGAGUGCAGACCAGAGUGCAUUCUAAGCUCCGAAUGCAAGAGUCACCUUGCUUGUGUGAACCAGAAAUGUCAGGAUCCUUGUCCAGGAUCUUGUGGCGUUAAUGCUCAGUGUCACGUACUGAAUCACAUUCCUGUUUGCACCUGUAUGAAUGGUUUCACUGGCGAUCCGUUUACACAGUGCACAGUGAUUCCACCAACAACUGUACCAUCUGUGAGCGAUCCGUGCAGCCCAUCGCCCUGUGGACCUAACGCCGUAUGCAAAAAUGGAGAUUGCGAGUGCUUACCUGAAUAUAUCGGCAAUCCGUACGAAGCUUGUCGACCAGAAUGUAUUCUCAAUUCGGAAUGUGCACGCGAUAAGACUUGCCUGAAGAAUAAAUGCAGAGAUCCUUGCCCUGGCACAUGCGGACAGAAUGCGGUGUGCGAUGUUGUGAAUCAUAUUCCUGUGUGUUCCUGUAUACCUGGAUACAUUGGAGAUCCGUUCGUCAGCUGUCGUGUCCAACCACAAGUUCCACAAGCAAUGAGAGAUCCAUGCUCGCCCUCACCAUGUGGGCCAAACAGCCAAUGUCGUAACAUCGAGGACCACGCAGUGUGUUCUUGUCUUCAGGGAUAUCUCGGAUCACCACCUUCGUGCAGACCAGAAUGCGUGGUCAGUACGGAAUGUCCUCCGACUCGUGCUUGCGUGAACAAAAAAUGCACGGAUCCCUGUUUGGGUUCUUGCGGCUUGAACGCCAGAUGCGAAGUGAUCAACCAUUCGCCGAUCUGCAGUUGUCUUUCUGGACAAACUGGAGAUCCUUUCAAGAGCUGCUACGAUACUCCGAUCUUACCAGACGUCAAAGACACGGGAGAUCCAUGCAAUCCAUCGCCAUGCGGUCCGAAUGCUCAAUGCCACAACGUGAAUGGCUACCCAUCCUGUUCUUGUCUUCCAACUUAUAUCGGAACCCCGCCGUCUUGUCGUCCGGAGUGUCUCAUAAAUCCCGACUGCCCAUCGGACAAAGCUUGCGUAAAUUCCAAAUGCACGGAUCCUUGUGCAGGGUCCUGUGCCGAAAAUGCCAGGUGUUUGGUAGUCAAUCAUGCUGUUACCUGCUCGUGUCUAGCCGACUACACAGGAAAUCCUUUCGUCCAAUGUGUCGAACUGGAUCAAGAACCAAUCAAUCCAUGCGAGCCUUCGCCUUGUGGUCCAAACGCGAUCUGCCAACAACGUGACAACGUCGGUGCGUGUAUCUGCAUCGACGAUUACCACGGAAAUCCCUACGAAGGCUGCCAACCAGAAUGCAUCCUCAGUUCAGACUGUCCAACGAACAAAGCCUGCGUUCGCAACAAAUGUGAAGAUCCGUGUCCAGGAAUAUGCGGCAUCCAGGCUCAGUGUUCCGUCAUCAACCACAUCCCUACUUGCACAUGUCAACCUGGCUACGUAGGAGAUCCCUUCAGCAUCUGUAAUUUACCAAUCAAUGCAGACACUGAGCCCACUGUCACUGAUCCAUGUAGUCCUACGCCUUGCGGACCCAAUAGCUUGUGCAGAGCUGUGAAAGAUCAAGCUGUGUGUACUUGCCAGGAAUCGUUCGUUGGCUCUCCGCCUAACUGCAAGCCUGAGUGUGUCGUAAAUUCUGAAUGCCCUCAAAAUAGGGCUUGUUACAAAUACAAGUGUAAUGAUCCUUGUCCUGGAACGUGUGGAGUGGGAGCUAAUUGUCGUGUAAUUAAUCACAAUCCGCUGUGUAGCUGCCCUCAGGGUACUACGGGAGAUCCUUUCUCUAGAUGCUAUCCUCAGGCGAUCACACCAACGCCACCAGUGGGUGAUCCUUGCAGCCCAAGUCCGUGCGGCCUCUACGCAGAAUGUAGAGCAAUUGGCGAUCAAGCUGCUUGUUCAUGUCUCAAGAACUACAUAGGGCUACCACCAAAUUGUCGACCAGAGUGCGUCGUUAACACAGAUUGUCCUUCUAAUCAAGCCUGCAUCUCGGAAAAAUGCAGAGAUCCUUGCAUUGGAUCGUGUGGACAAAAUGCAGAUUGCAGGGUGCAGAAUCACAUUCCUGUCUGCUUGUGCCAACCAGGAUACACCGGCGAUCCUUUCACGCUAUGCUCGCAGAUAAUAGAACAACCAAAGCCAGAAGAUCUGUGCAAUCCAUCCCCCUGUGGACCAAACGCAGAUUGCAGAGAGGGAAUCUGCACGUGCCUUCCAAACUAUUUCGGUGAUCCAUACUCGUACUGUCGUCCAGAAUGCACGAUGAAUUCGGACUGCUCUCGAGUAAAGGCGUGUGUCAAUCAAUUUUGCGUUGAUCCUUGUAUUGGCACGUGUGGAACCAAUGCGAAAUGCGACGUGGUCAAUCACAUUCCUAUGUGCAGCUGUUUCCCUGGUACCACUGGAGAUCCGUUCACACUGUGUCGACCACAGAUAUCUGAAGAACCAAGAAAACAACCAUGCACACCGUCUCCCUGUGGGCCGAACAGCAUUUGCAAGGUGGUGAACGAUCAUGCAGUCUGCUCUUGUCAGACUGACUUUAUCGGUAGUCCUCCUGCGUGCAGACCAGAGUGUGUAGUGAGUGCCGAGUGUCCGUUAACUCAGGCGUGUCUCGCUAACAAGUGUCAAGAUCCCUGUCCAGGAACUUGUGGACAGAAUACCAAGUGUCAAGUAGUCAAUCACAAUCCAAUAUGCAGCUGCUCCGAGGGACACACUGGCGAUCCUUUCACUAGAUGUUACAUCAUGCCAAGACAACCACCAGUACCAACGAACCCGUGUCAACCAUCUCCGUGCGGUCCGAACGCGGAGUGCCAAGUGCGAGGUGAUAGUUCAGCGUGUUCGUGUAUCGAGAAUUAUAUCGGUGUUCCACCAAAUUGUAGACCUCAGUGUACAAUUAAUCCCGAGUGUCCGCCGCAUUUAGCGUGUAUGCAACAAAAGUGUCGCGAUCCGUGCGUCGGUCUGUGCGGUUUGAACGCUCAGUGUACGGUGGUGAAUCAUCACGCGGUGUGUGCUUGUGUCGAUGGUUACAGAGGAAAUCCGUUCAGCGUUUGCGAGGCGAUCCCGAAUGAUACACCCUUAGAUAUUAGGAAACCAUGCGAGCCAUCCCCCUGUGGUACCAACGCGAUCUGUCGCGAGAACAAUGGCGUCGGUUCCUGUUCCUGUCUGCCAGACUACAUUGGUGACCCCUACGAAGGAUGCAGACCCGAAUGUACCCAAAAUCCCGAUUGCUCCAAGACGAUGGCCUGCAUGGGCCUCAAGUGCCGAGACCCCUGUCCAGGAACAUGUGGAUUGCAAGCCCGUUGCGAAACGAUCAAUCACGUACCUGCGUGUUCAUGUAACCCUGGAUACACUGGCAAUCCGUUCACCUAUUGCUCCCCCAUCUCCGUUGCUCCAAACCCCAUAGAGUCAAAUCCCUGUAGUCCGUCUCCAUGCGGACCGAAUAGUCAAUGUCGAAACGUCAACGACCAUGCUGUGUGUACCUGCCUGGCAAAUUUCAUUGGAAGCCCACCAACUUGUCGACCCGAAUGCGUGGUAAACAGUGAAUGUUCGAGGGAACUUGCGUGCAUUAAUCAAAAAUGCGCGUCCCCGUGCAUGAACUCGUGUGGUAUCAAUACGCAGUGUAAGGUGAUCAACCACAGCCCCAUAUGCAUCUGCAAUAUUGGAUACACUGGUGAUCCGUUUACGAAAUGCUUCCCUACUCCACAAUCACCCCAGAAAGACACUGACCUCGCUCCCAAAGAUCCAUGCGUGCCAUCACCCUGUGGCAUGUAUGCAGAAUGCAGGAACAUCGGUGGUACAGCCUCUUGUUCCUGCCUGCCAAGAUAUACAGGAUCCCCACCGACCUGUCGACCGGAAUGUCGCGUGAAUUCAGAUUGCCCCAUGAAUCUUGCGUGUACCAAUGAGAAGUGCAGAGAUCCUUGCCAAGGAUCCUGUGGUGUCACGUCCCUGUGCACGGUUUACAACCACGUGCCUGUGUGCACCUGCCCUGAAGGAUACACCGGCGAUCCUUUCAGCAAUUGCUAUCCUGCACCCAUUAAACCAACUGAACCAACUGUUGUUGACCCUUGUGCAUCGUCACCAUGUGGACCUAAUACACGUUGCGACAGUGGAAUUUGCACAUGUUUACCAGAGUAUCAGGGAGAUCCUUAUGUUGGUUGUCGACCAGAGUGUGUACUGAAUACGGAUUGUCCUCAGAAUCGAGCUUGCAUCAGGAACAAAUGUGUCGAUCCUUGUCCCGGUACAUGUGGUCGAAAUGCGCAGUGUCUGAUAUUCAAUCAUGUGCCCAUGUGCAGCUGCCCUAGUGGAAUGGUUGGAAAUGCAUUUGUUCAGUGCACUGUCCUUCAAGAUACUGUAAAGAGGAAUCCCUGUUCGCCGUCACCCUGUGGACCAAAUAGCGUGUGUAGAGAGAUAAAUGAACAACCAGUGUGUUCCUGCGUAGCAGGAUUCCUGGGUGCACCACCUACCUGUAGACCAGAAUGUACAGUCAGUUCAGAUUGUCCUUUAUCAGAAGCUUGUAGCAAUCAGAAAUGUGUCAAUCCCUGUCCCGGUUCAUGUGGAUUCAGAGCUAUUUGUAACGUUGUCAAUCAUAAUCCUAUAUGCAGUUGUCCAUCAGAACUCACUGGCGAUCCAUUUGUUCAAUGUGUUCCACGACCACCCGAGCCCGUACUACCACAAAACCCAUGCGAACCUUCUCCAUGCGGACCCAAUGCAGAAUGCAGAGUGGUCAAUGACGCUCCCUCUUGUUCUUGUUCGUCUGAAUUCAUAGGCACACCUCCCAAUUGCAGACCCGAAUGUAUCAGUAAUAGCGAAUGUUCUGGUCACAUGGCGUGUAUGAAUCAGAAAUGCAGAGACCCUUGUCCAGGAUCCUGUGGCGCUAACGCUGAAUGUCGCGUUGUCAGUCAUACGCCUAUGUGUGUGUGUCCGAGCGACUAUACCGGUGAUCCUUUCACUCAAUGUACACCUAGACCACCUGUCCCUGUGAAUAUUUCUCCAUGUACUCCUUCGCCAUGUGGCUUCAACGCGAUAUGCAAAGAACAAAACGGUAUAGGCUCGUGUUCCUGUUCUCCCGAUUACAUUGGCAACCCUUACGAAGGUUGUCGCCCUGAAUGUGUCGUUGAUACGGACUGUCCAUCCACCUUGAGCUGUAUACGUUCUAAAUGUCAAGAUCCUUGUCCAGGCACUUGUGGAACGAACACAGAGUGCAAAGUUAUCAAUCAUCGUCCUGCGUGCACGUGUAUUCAAGGUUACAGUGGAAAUCCCUUCCAAUACUGCACCUUGAUGCGUGAAUUUGAAGAUAAACCGACGUACAAGGACCCAUGCAAUCCUUCACCUUGCGGACCAAACAGUCAAUGUCGAGUAGUAAAUGAUCAAGGGGUUUGUUCCUGUCUGCCAGAAUAUACAGGCGUACCUCCAAUGUGCCGACCUGAGUGCGUUCUAAACUCAGAAUGUCCUCAAGAUCGUGCAUGUAUUAACCAGAAAUGCGUGGAUCCGUGUCCAGCAUCUUGUGGCACAUUUGCUACAUGCGUGGUCAGGAAUCACAGUCCAAUCUGUGCAUGUAGGCAAUCAUACACGGGAGAUCCCUUCACCAGAUGCUUCCCUAUUCCACAAGCUACGCCUCCUACAGCACUCGAAGUUACACAACCAUGUUUGCCUUCUCCUUGCGGUCCAAAUUCAGAAUGUCGUGUGGUUAAUGGUGGACCAUCUUGUCAAUGUCGAUCAUCUUAUAUUGGAAGUCCUCCAAACUGUCGUCCAGAAUGUACAGUGAAUUCUGAUUGUUCUCCUAGUCAGGCUUGCAUGAGAGCAAAAUGCGGAGACCCUUGUCCAGGUUCUUGUGGAUCUAAUGCUCAGUGUACUGUACUCAAUCACGUUCCUAUAUGUUCCUGCUUCGAAGGAUACACAGGAGAUCCUUUCAGUAACUGCUAUCCUGCUCCCGUUAAGCCAACUGAACCCACUGUUGCUGACCCUUGUACACCAUCGCCUUGUGGUCCCAAUGCACGUUGUGACAAUGGAAUUUGUACAUGUCUAUCAGAAUAUCAGGGUGAUCCAUACGUAGGUUGUCGUCCAGAAUGUGUAUUGAAUACGGACUGCCCUCAGAAUAGAGCUUGUUUAAGAAACAAGUGCGUUGAUCCUUGUCCUGGUACAUGUGGUGUCAACGCAGAAUGUUUAGUAUACAAUCACGUGCCCAUGUGCAGUUGUCCUAAUGGAAUGGUUGGAAACGCAUUCGUUCAGUGCACAAUUCUUCAAGAUACCGUCAAAGGAAACCCAUGUUCGCCUUCACCGUGUGGACCAAACAGUGUUUGUCGAGAGAUCAAUGGUCAGCCUGUUUGCUCCUGCGUAGCAGGAUACUUAGGAGCACCACCAACUUGCAGACCAGAAUGUACAGUCAGUUCCGAUUGUCCGCCGACACAGGCUUGCACCAAUCAGAAAUGUGUCAAUCCUUGCCCUGGUACAUGUGGGUUUAGAGCCAUCUGCAAUGUUGUCAAUCAUAAUCCGAUAUGCAGCUGUCCACCUGAACUCUCUGGCGAUCCAUUUGUUCAGUGUGUUCCACGACCACCCGAGCCCGUAGUACCACAAAACCCAUGCGAACCAUCUCCGUGUGGACCCAAUGCAGAAUGCAGAGUCGUCAAUGGUGCACCCUCUUGUUCCUGUUUGUCGGAAUUCAUAGGAGCCCCACCUAAUUGCAGGCCGGAAUGUGUUAGCAAUAGUGAAUGUCCUAGUCAGUUUGCUUGUAUGAAUAAAAAAUGCAGGGAUCCUUGUCCUGGAUCUUGUGGGGCUAAUGCCGAGUGUCGUGUUGUCAGUCAUACACCUAUGUGUAUUUGCCCUGAUCAAUAUACUGGUGAUCCUUUCACUCAGUGUACACUCAAACCACCUGUUCCCGUCAAUCUCUCCCCAUGUAGUCCAUCACCGUGCGGUUUCAAUGCGAUAUGUAAAGAACAGAACGGUGUCGGUUCAUGUUCCUGUGCAGCCGAUUACAUUGGCAACCCUUACGAAGGGUGCCGCCCUGAGUGUGUCGUUGACACGGACUGUCCAUCGGCAUUAAGUUGUAUACGCUCUAAAUGCCAAGAUCCCUGCCCAGGUACCUGUGGCACGAACGCAGAAUGCAAGGUCAUCAAUCAUCGUCCUGCGUGCACGUGCUUCCGAGACUACACUGGGAAUCCAUUCCAAUACUGUACCUUGAUACGUGAAAUAGGUACGAAAAAUCUCUCAGAUGAUCCGUGCAACCCUUCACCCUGUGGACCAAACAGUCAGUGUCGCGUAGUAAACGGUCAAGGAGUCUGCUCCUGUCUACCAGAAUUCACGGGUGCACCUCCUAUGUGUCGCCCCGAGUGUACUCUAAAUUCCGAGUGCCCUGAAGAACGUGCAUGCGUUAAACAGAAAUGUGUGAACCCGUGCCCCGCAUCUUGUGGCACAUUUGCCACAUGUGUGGUAAAAAAUCACAGUCCAAUUUGUGCUUGCAGAGAAGCAUACACUGGAGAUCCAUUCACUAGAUGUUUCCCCAUCCCACAAGCCUUACCACCAUCCACAGUCGAACCUUCACAACCUUGCUUGCCAUCUCCUUGUGGUCCAAAUUCAGAGUGUCGUGUAGUUAACGGAGGUCCAUCUUGUCAAUGUUUACCAACUUACAUUGGAAGUCCACCAAACUGUCGUCCAGAGUGUACAGUUAGCUCUGACUGUUCUCCUAGUCAAGCUUGUAUAAGACAAAAAUGCAGAGAUCCUUGUCCAGGUUCUUGUGGAUCUAACGCACAGUGUACAGUAUCGAAUCACGUUCCUGUAUGUUCGUGUCUAAGCGGAUACACAGGAGAUCCUUUCAGCAGUUGCAAUCUUGCACCAGUUAAACCAACUGAACCCACGAUUAUUGACCCUUGUGCAUCAUCACCUUGCGGUCCCAAUGCACGUUGCGACAGUGGAAUCUGUACAUGUUUACCGGAGUAUCAAGGAGAUCCUUACAUUGGUUGUCGACCAGAAUGUGUGUUGAAUACAGAUUGCCCUCAAAAUCGUGCUUGUCUGAGAAACAAGUGUGUUGAUCCUUGUCCUGGUACUUGUGGUAUCAAUGCAGAAUGUUUAGUAUACAAUCACGUGCCCAUGUGCAGUUGUCCUAAUGGAAUGAUCGGAAACGCAUUCGUUCAGUGCACUGUUCUCCAAGGUACAAAUUAAGAAAUUUCAUUUGCGAUGAUAAUUUAAUUCUCAUCUCACACGCCUCUGACUGUCUCCCAUUAUAUUUUAACGAUAGAUACCAUAACAAGAAACCCUUGUUCACCUUCACCAUGUGGACCAAACAGUAUUUGUCGAGAGAUCAAUGGACAGCCCGUUUGUUCGUGCGUAGCAGGAUUCCUAGGUGCUCCUCCAACUUGUAGACCAGAAUGUACACUCAGUUCUGAUUGUUCUCUAUCAGAAGCUUGUAGUAAUCAAAAAUGUGUCAACCCUUGUCCCGGCUCAUGUGGAUUCAGAGCUACUUGUAACGUUGUCAAUCAUAAUCCUAUAUGUAGCUGCCCACCAGACCUCACUGGCGAUCCAUUUGUUCAAUGUACCCCACGCCCACCUGAGCCCGUUGUGCCACAAAACCCAUGCGAACCUUCUCCAUGCGGACCAAAUUCUCAAUGUAGAGUUGUCAACGAUGCUCCCUCAUGUUCUUGUUCUCUAGAGUACAUAGGCGCACCUCCCAAUUGUCGACCGGAAUGUGUCAGUAAUAGUGAAUGUCCAAGUCAGUUGGCUUGUAUGAACCAAAAAUGCAGAGAUCCUUGUCCUGGAUCCUGUGGAGCUAACGCAGAGUGUCGCGUUGUCAGUCACACUCCGAUGUGUAUCUGCCCCGACGCUUAUGUUGGUGAUCCCUUCACUCAGUGUACACCUAGACCACCUAUCCCUAUCAAUAUUUCUCCAUGCACCCCAUCACCGUGUGGCUUCAACGCGAUAUGCAGAGAACAAAACGGUGUAGGUUCCUGUUCCUGUUUAAAUGAUUAUAUUGGCAACCCCUAUCAAGGAUGUCGCCCUGAAUGUGUCGUUGACACUGACUGUUCAUCCACAUUGAGCUGCAUACGCUCUAAAUGUCAGGAUCCUUGCCCCGGCACGUGUGGCACGAACGCAGAGUGCAAAGUCAUCAAUCAUCGUCCUGCAUGCACUUGUCUCCAAGGUUACAGUGGAAAUCCCUUCCAAUACUGUACAGUAAUCCGAGAAAUAGAAGAUAAACCAACGUAUAAGGAUCCAUGCAACCCUUCACCUUGCGGACCAAAUAGUCAAUGUCGAGUAGUAAAUGAUCAAGGUGUUUGCUCUUGUUUGGCUGAAUUCACUGGCACACCCCCCAUGUGCCGCCCUGAGUGUACUUUAAAUUCAGAAUGUUCACAAGAUCGUGCGUGCGUUAACCAGAAAUGUGUUAAUCCAUGUCCUGCUUCAUGUGGAACUUUCGCCACUUGCAUGAUCAGGAAUCACAGCCCAAUUUGUGCCUGCAGAGAAUCAUACACCGGGGAUCCCUUCACUAGAUGUUUCCCCAUUCCACAAGCUGCACCACCUACAGCAGUCGAAGUUUCACAACCAUGUUUGCCUUCUCCUUGCGGUCCAAAUUCAGAAUGUCGUGUGGUUAAUGGUGGACCAUCUUGUCAAUGUCUACCAACUUAUAUUGGAAGUCCUCCAAAUUGUCGUCCAGAGUGUACAGUAAAUUCUGAUUGUUCCGCAAGCCAGGCUUGCAUGAGACAAAGGUGCAGAGAUCCUUGUCCAGGUUCAUGUGGUUCCAAUGCCCAGUGCACGGUGCUUAAUCACGUCCCUAUAUGCACCUGUUUCGAAGGAUACACUGGAGAUCCUUUCAGUAACUGCAAUCUCGCUCCCGUCAUACCAAGUAAGAAAGACGUUGAUCCCUGUGCAUCAUCACCUUGUGGACCCAAUGCACGUUGCGACAAUGGAAUUUGUACAUGUUUGGCAGAAUACCAAGGGGAUCCUUAUAUAGGUUGUCGACCAGAAUGUGUACUGAACACAGAUUGUCCUCAAAAUCGAGCUUGUUUAAGGAAUAAGUGUAUCGAUCCUUGUCCUGGUACAUGUGGUUUAAAUGCAGAAUGUUUAGUAUACAAUCAUGUGCCUAUGUGUACCUGCCCCAUUGGCAUGAUUGGAAAUGCUUUCGUUCAGUGCACUGUCUCCCAAGAUACCAUAGAAAGAAAUCCAUGCUCUCCUUCGCCAUGUGGACCAAACAGUAUCUGUCGAGAAAUCAAUGGACAACCUGUCUGCUCCUGCGUAGCAGGAUACUUAGGAGCACCACCAACUUGUAGACCAGAGUGCACAGUCAGUACUGAUUGUCCAUUGACACAAGCUUGUACCAAUCAGAAGUGUGUAAAUCCAUGUCCGGGUUCAUGUGGAUUCAGAGCUGUUUGCAACGUUGUAAAUCAUAAUCCUAUAUGCAGUUGUCCAGCAGAUCUCUCUGGUGAUCCGUUUGUUCAAUGUGUUCCACCACCACCCGAACCCGUAGUGCCACAAAAUCCAUGCGAACCUACUCCGUGCGGCCCCAACUCUCAAUGUAGAGUUGUCAACGAUGCUCCCUCAUGUUCUUGUUCUCCAGAAUUUAUAGGCGCACCUCCCAAUUGUCGACCGGAAUGUGUCAGUAAUAGUGAAUGUCCUAGUCAGUUUGCUUGCAUCAAUCAGAAAUGCAGAGAUCCUUGUCCUGGAUCCUGCGGGGCGAACGCGGAGUGUCGUGUUGUCAGUCAUACUCCAAUGUGUGUUUGCCCCGAGGAUUAUACUGGUGACCCCUUCACGCAGUGUACACCAAGACCACCCGUUCCCGUCAGUCUUUCUCCGUGCACCCCAUCACCAUGCGGUUUCAAUGCGAUAUGCAAAGAGCAAAACGGUGUGGGAUCUUGUUCCUGCUUGUCUGAUUACAUUGGUAAUCCUUAUGAAGGAUGUCGACCAGAAUGUGUCAUUGAUACCGAUUGUGCAUCCACAUUGAGCUGUAUACGAUCCAAAUGUCAAGAUCCUUGUCCAGGGACUUGUGGUACAAAUGCAGAGUGUAAGGUCAUAAAUCACCGCCCUGCAUGUACAUGCAUUCAAGGAUACAGUGGAAAUCCCUUCCAAUUCUGUACUCUCAUACGGGAGAUAGAAGAUGACACGAAAUACAAAGAUCCGUGCAACCCUUCACCUUGCGGACCCAACAGUCAGUGUCGCGUAGUAAACGGACAAGGAGUCUGCUCUUGUUUGGCAGAAUUCACUGGCACACCUCCCAUGUGUCGUCCCGAGUGUACUUUAAAUUCGGAAUGUCCACAAGAUCGUGCGUGCGUUAACCAGAAAUGUGUUAAUCCAUGCCCUGCUUCGUGUGGAACAUUCGCCACUUGCGUGGUCAGAAACCAUAGUCCAAUUUGUGCCUGCAGAGAUUCAUAUACCGGCGAUCCAUUUACCAGAUGUUUCCCUAUUCCACCUACACCACCUACUGCAAUUGAAGUUUCGCAACCUUGUUUGCCCUCUCCUUGUGGUCCGAAUUCUGAAUGUCGUGUUAUCAAUGGUGGCCCAUCUUGCCAGUGUCGGACAACUUACGUUGGAAGUCCACCAAACUGUCGGCCAGAAUGUACGGUCAACUCCGAUUGUUCCCCAAGUCAGGCCUGCAUGAGAGAAAAAUGCAGGGACCCUUGCCCAGGUUCUUGUGGUUCCAACGCCCAGUGUACAGUACUCAAUCACGUUCCUAUAUGUUCCUGCUUCAACGGAUACACCGGAGAUCCUUUCAGCAAUUGUUAUCCAAUUCCUGUGACGCCAACGGAACCGUCAGUGGUUGAUCCUUGCGCAUCAUCCCCUUGUGGCCCUAACGCACGGUGCGAAAGCGGCAUUUGUACAUGCUUGGCUGACUAUCAGGGUGAUCCAUAUGCUGGGUGCCGACCAGAGUGUGUACUGAACACCGAUUGUGCCCAGAACCGCGCUUGUUUGAGAAACAAAUGCGUCGACCCUUGCCCUGGUACUUGCGGGCGAAACGCAGAGUGUUUCGUAUACAAUCAUGUGCCCAUGUGCAGUUGCCCAAGUGGAAUGGUUGGAAAUGCGUUCGUACUGUGCACUGUCGCUCAAGAUACCGUAAAGGGCAACCCAUGCUCUCCUUCGCCUUGCGGACCAAACAGUGUCUGUCGAGAAAUUAAUGGACAACCUGUCUGCUCCUGCGUAUCUGGAUUUUUGGGAACACCACCUACCUGUAGACCAGAGUGUACAGUCAGCUCUGAUUGUUCCCUGACACAAGCUUGUAGCAACCAGAAAUGUGUCAAUCCAUGCUCUGGCACAUGUGGGUUCAGAGCCAUUUGCAACGUCGUCAAUCAUAAUCCCAUAUGUGGCUGCCCACCUGAACUUACAGGCGAUCCGUUCGUCCAAUGUAUCCCCCGACCUCCAGAGCCCGCAGUACCGCAAAAUCCAUGCGAACCCUCUCCGUGUGGACCCAAUGCAGAAUGCAGAGUCGUCAAUGAUGCUCCCUCUUGUUCUUGUUUAUCGCAGUUCAUAGGUACCCCACCAAAUUGUAGACCCGAAUGUGGCAGCAAUAGCGAAUGUCCCAGUCAGUUGGCUUGCAUCAAUCAGAAGUGCAGGGAUCCUUGCCCUGGAUCCUGCGGGGCAAACGCGGAAUGUCGUGUGGUCAGUCAUACCCCUAUGUGUGCCUGUUUGAACGACUAUACCGGUGACCCCUUCACUCAGUGUACACCUACGCCACUUGUUCCCGUCAAUCUCUCCCCAUGUAGUCCAUCACCGUGUGGUUUCAAUGCUAUAUGCAAAGAACAGAACGGUGUCGGAUCAUGUUCCUGUGCUGCUGAUUACAUCGGCAAUCCUUAUGAAGGAUGCCGCCCCGAAUGUGUCGUUGACACUGACUGUCCAUCUACAUUAAGCUGUAUACGUUCCAAAUGUCAAGAUCCCUGUCCAGGUACCUGUGGCACUAAUGCAGAAUGCAAGGUUAUCAAUCACCGGCCUGCGUGCACAUGCGUUCCUGGUUACAGUGGAAAUCCCUUCCAAUAUUGCUCCGUAAUGCCCGCAAUAGAGGACGAAACGAAGUAUAAGGAUCCCUGCAAUCCUUCACCCUGCGGACCCAAUAGUCAGUGUCGCGUAGUAAACGGACAAGGUGUCUGCUCUUGCCUGGCUGAAUUCACUGGCACACCUCCCAUGUGUCGUCCCGAGUGUACUUUAAAUUCGGAAUGCCCACAGGAUCGUGCCUGUGUUAGUCAGAAAUGUGUUAAUCCAUGCCCUGCUUCAUGUGGAACAUAUGCCACUUGCGUUGUCAGAAACCAUAGUCCAAUUUGUGCCUGCAGAGACUCAUAUACCGGAGAUCCAUUCACUAGAUGUUUCCCCGUUCCACAAGCUGCACCACCUACUGCAAUUGAAGUUUCGCAACCUUGUUUGCCCUCUCCUUGUGGUCCAAAUUCUGAAUGUCGUGUGAUCAAUGGUGGCCCAUCUUGCCAGUGUCGGUCAACUUACGUUGGAAGUCCACCAAACUGUCGGCCAGAAUGUACAGUCAACUCCGAUUGUUCCCCUAGUCAAGCCUGCAUGAGAGAAAAAUGCAGGGACCCUUGUCCAGGUUCUUGUGGUUCCAACGCCCAGUGCACUGUACUCAAUCACGUUCCUAUAUGUUCCUGCUUUAACGGAUACACCGGAGAUCCUUUCAGCAAUUGUUAUCCAAUUCCUAUGACACCAACUGAACCGUCAGUGGUUGAUCCUUGCGCAUCAUCACCUUGUGGCCCCAAUGCACGUUGUGAAAGCGGAACCUGUACAUGCUUGACAGACUAUCAGGGUGAUCCAUAUGUUGGAUGCCGACCAGAGUGUGUACUGAAUACCGAUUGUGCUCAGAAUCGCGCUUGUUUGAAAAACAAAUGCGUCGAUCCUUGCCCUGGUACUUGCGGUCGAAAUGCAGAGUGUCUCGUAUACAAUCAUGUGCCCAUGUGCAGUUGUCCAAGUGGAAUGGUCGGAAAUGCGUUCGUACUGUGCACUGUCGCUCAAGAUACCGAAAAGGGUAACCCAUGCUCUCCUUCGCCAUGUGGACCAAACAGUAUCUGUCGAGAAAUCAAUGGACAACCUGUCUGCUCUUGCGUAGCAGGAUACUUAGGAGCACCACCAACUUGCAGACCAGAAUGUACAGUCAGUUCCGAUUGUCCACCGACACAGGCUUGCACCAAUCAGAAAUGUGUCAAUCCUUGCCCUGGUACAUGUGGGUUCAGAGCCAUUUGCAAUGUUGUCAAUCAUAAUCCGAUAUGCAGCUGUCCACCUGAACUCUCUGGCGAUCCAUUUGUUCAGUGUGUUCCACGACCACCAGAGCCCGUAGUGCCACAAAACCCUUGCGAACCCUCUCCGUGUGGACCCAAUGCAGAAUGCAGAGUCGUUAAUGAUGCUCCCUCUUGCUCUUGUUUAUCGGAAUUUAUAGGUACCCCACCAAAUUGUAGACCCGAAUGUGGCAGCAAUAGCGAAUGCCCCAGUCAAUUGGCUUGCAUCAAUCAGAAGUGCAGAGAUCCUUGCCCUGGAUCCUGUGGGGCAAACGCGGAAUGUCGUGUUGUCAGUCACACCCCUAUGUGUGCCUGUUUGAAUGACUAUACCGGUGACCCCUUCACUCAGUGUACACCUAUGCCACUUGUUCCCGUCAAUCUCUCCCCAUGUAGUCCAUCACCGUGUGGUUUCAAUGCUAUAUGCAAAGAACAGAACGGUGUCGGAUCAUGUUCCUGUGCUGCUGAUUAUAUCGGCAACCCUUAUGAAGGAUGCCGCCCUGAAUGUGUCGUUGACACUGACUGUCCAUCUACACUGAGCUGUAUACGUUCCAAAUGUCAAGACCCAUGUCCGGGCACCUGUGGUGCAAACUCAGAGUGUAAGGUCAUCAAUCAUCGGCCAGCGUGCACAUGCAUUCCUGGUUACAGUGGAAAUCCCUUCCAAUACUGCUCCGUAAUGCCCGCAAUAGAGGAUGAGAUGCAGUAUAAGGACCCGUGCAGUCCUUCACCUUGCGGACCCAACAGUCAAUGUCGCGUAGUAAAUGGUCAAGGUGUAUGCUCUUGCCUGGCAGAAUUCACUGGCACACCUCCCAUGUGUCGUCCUGAGUGUACUUUAAAUUCGGAAUGUCCUCAGGAUCGUGCAUGUGUUAAACAAAAAUGCAUGAACCCCUGUCCCGCUUCGUGUGGCACUUUCGCCACUUGCGUUGUCAGGAACCAUAGUCCAAUUUGUGCCUGCAGAGACUCAUAUACCGGAGAUCCAUUCACUAGAUGUUUCCCCAUUCCACAAGCCUUACCACCAUCCACAGUCGAACCUUCACAACCGUGCUUGCCAUCCCCUUGUGGUCCAAAUUCGGAGUGCCGUGUAGUUAACGGAGGUCCAUCUUGUCAAUGUCUAUCAACAUACAUUGGAAGCCCACCAAACUGUCGUCCAGAAUGUACAGUAAACUCUGACUGUUCACCUAGUCAAGCCUGCAUGAGAGAAAAAUGCAGGGACCCUUGUCCAGGCUCCUGUGGUAACAAUGCUCAGUGCACGGUGCUCAAUCACGUUCCUAUAUGUUCCUGCUUCAAUGGAUACACUGGAGAUCCCUUUAGCAAUUGCUACCCUGCUCCCGCGACACCAACUGAACCGUCUGUGGUUGAUCCUUGUGCAUCAUCCCCUUGUGGCCCUAAUGCACGGUGCGAAAGUGGCAUUUGUACAUGCUUGGCUGACUAUCAGGGUGAUCCAUAUGUUGGAUGCCGACCAGAGUGUGUACUGAAUACAGAUUGUGCCCAGAAUAGCGCUUGUUUGAGGAACAAAUGCGUCGAUCCUUGUCCUGGUACUUGCGGUCGAAAUGCAGAGUGUCUCGUAUACAAUCAUGUGCCCAUGUGCAGUUGCCCAAGUGGAAUGGUUGGCAAUGCGUUCGUACUGUGCACUGUCGCUCAAGAUACCGUAAAGGGCAAGCCUUGCUCUCCUUCGCCUUGUGGACCAAACAGUGUCUGUCGAGAAAUCAAUGGGCAAUCUGUCUGUUCCUGCGUAUCUGGAUUUUUGGGAACUCCACCUACCUGCAGACCAGAGUGUACAAUCAGCUCCGAUUGUCCUUUGACACAAGCUUGUAGUAACCAGAAAUGUGUCAAUCCAUGCUCUGGUACAUGUGGGUUCAGGGCCACCUGCACCGUCGUCAAUCAUAAUCCCAUAUGUAGCUGUCCGCCUGAACUUACAGGCGAUCCAUUCAUUCGAUGUGCUCCGCGACGUAAGAUUUCACCCGAACCCAUUGUGCCACAAAAUCCAUGCGAACCCUCUCCGUGUGGACCCAAUGCAGAAUGCAGAGUCGUCAAUGAUGCUCCGUCUUGCUCUUGUUUAUCGGAAUUCACAGGCACCCCACCCAAUUGCCGGCCCGAAUGUGGCAGUAAUAGCGAAUGUGCAACUCAUUUGGCUUGUAUCAAUCAGAAAUGCAGAGAUCCUUGUCCUGGAUCAUGUGGCGCGAACGCGGAAUGUCGUGUUGUCAGUCAUACCCCUAUGUGUGCCUGUUCCAACGACUAUACCGGUGAUCCCUUCACUCAAUGUACUCCUAUACCACCUGUUCCCGUGAAUCUUUCGCCAUGUAGUCCAUCACCUUGUGGCUUUAACGCUAUAUGCAAAGAGCAAAAUGGAGUAGGUUCUUGUUCCUGUUUACCUGACUAUAUCGGUAACCCCUACGAUGGGUGUCGUCCUGAGUGUGUCGUUGACACUGAUUGUCCAUCUACACUGAGCUGUAUACGUUCCAAAUGUCAAGACCCCUGCCCUGGUACCUGCGGCACUAACGCAGAGUGCAAGGUGAUCAAUCACAGGCCUGCGUGCACAUGCAUUCCGGGUUACAGUGGAAAUCCCUUCCAAUACUGCUCCGCAAUGCCCGCAAUAGAGGAUGAGAUGCAGUAUAAGAAUCCGUGCAGUCCUUCACCUUGCGGGCCCAACAGUCAAUGUCGCGUAGUAAAUGGUCAAGGUGUAUGCUCCUGUCUGCCAGAAUUUACGGGAGCUCCUCCUAUGUGCCGCCCAGAGUGUACUUUAAAUUCAGAAUGUCCUCAAGACCGUGCAUGUGUUAACCAAAAAUGCAUGAACCCUUGUCCCGCUUCGUGUGGCACUUUCGCCACUUGCGUCGUCAGGAACCAUAGUCCAAUUUGUGCCUGUAGAGACUCAUAUACCGGGGACCCAUUCACUAGAUGUUUCCCCAUUCCACCUUUACCACCAUCCACAGUCGAACCUUCACAACCGUGCUUGCCAUCCCCUUGUGGUCCAAAUUCGGAGUGCCGUGUAGUUAACGGAGGUCCUUCUUGUCAAUGUCUAUCAACUUACAUUGGAAGUCCACCAAACUGUCGACCAGAAUGUACAGUAAACUCUGACUGUUCUGCUAGUCAAGCCUGCAUGAGAGAAAAAUGCAGGGACCCUUGUCCAGGCUCCUGUGGUUCCAACGCCCAGUGCACGGUGCUCAAUCACGUUCCUAUAUGUUCCUGUUUCAAUGGAUACACUGGAGAUCCCUUUAGCAAUUGCUACCCUGCUCCCGCGACACCAACGGAACCGUCAGUGGCUGAUCCUUGCGCAUCAUCCCCUUGUGGUCCCAAUGCACGUUGCGAAAGUGGAAUCUGUACAUGCCUGACAGACUAUCAGGGUGAUCCAUAUGUUGGAUGCCGACCAGAGUGUGUACUGAAUACCGAUUGUGCUCAGAAUCGCGCUUGUUUGAGAAACAAAUGCGUCGACCCUUGUCCUGGUACUUGCGGUCGAAAUGCAGAGUGUCUCGUAUACAAUCAUGUGCCCAUGUGCAGUUGUCCAAGUGGAAUGGUUGGAAAUGCGUUCGUACUCUGCACUGUCGCUCAAGAUAUUGAAAAGGGUAACCCAUGCUCUCCUUCGCCAUGUGGACCCAACAGCGUGUGUCGAGAGAUCAAUGGUCAGCCUGUUUGCUCCUGCGUAGCAGGAUUCUUAGGAGCACCACCUACCUGUAGACCGGAGUGUACAGUCAGUUCCGAUUGUCCUCUGACACAAGCUUGUAGCAACCAGAAAUGUGUCAACCCAUGCUCUGGAACAUGCGGCUUCAGAGCCACUUGCAACGUCGUCAAUCAUAAUCCGAUAUGUGGCUGCCCACCUGAGCUUACAGGCGAUCCAUUUGUCCAAUGUGUCCCACGACCUCCCGAGCCUGCUGUACCGCAAAAUCCAUGCGAACCAUCUCCGUGUGGACCCAAUGCAGAAUGCAGAGUCGUCAAUGAUGCUCCGUCUUGCUCUUGUUUAUCUGAAUUCAUAGGCUCUCCACCAAAUUGCAGACCCGAAUGUGCCAGUAAUAGCGAAUGUGCAACUCAUUUGGCUUGUAUCAAUCAGAAAUGCAGAGAUCCUUGUCCUGGAUCAUGUGGCGCGAACGCGGAAUGUCGUGUUGUCAGUCAUACCCCUAUGUGUGCCUGUUCCAACGACUAUACCGGUGAUCCCUUCACUCAAUGUACUACUAUACCACCUGUUCCCGUGAAUCUUUCGCCAUGUAGUCCAUCACCUUGUGGCUUUAACGCUAUAUGCAAAGAGCAAAAUGGAGUAGGUUCUUGUUCCUGUUUAGCUGACUAUAUCGGUAACCCCUACGAUGGGUGUCGUCCUGAGUGUGUCGUUGACACUGAUUGUCCAUCUACACUGAGCUGUAUACGUUCCAAAUGUCAAGACCCCUGCCCUGGUACCUGCGGCACAAACGCGGAGUGCAAGGUGAUCAAUCACAGGCCUGCGUGCACAUGCAUUCAGGGUUACAGUGGAAAUCCCUUCCAAUACUGUUCCGUAAUGCCCGCAAUAGAGGAUGAGAUGCAGUAUAAGGAUCCGUGCAGUCCUUCACCUUGCGGACCCAACAGUCAAUGUCGCGUAGUGAACGGUCAAGGUGUAUGCUCUUGCCUGGCAGAAUUCACUGGCACACCUCCCAUGUGUCGUCCAGAGUGUACUUUAAAUUCGGAAUGUCCACAAGAUCGUGGGUGCGUUAACCAAAAAUGCGUGAACCCUUGUCCCGCAUCGUGUGGAACUUUCGCCACUUGCGUUGUCAGGAACCAUAGUCCAAUUUGUGCCUGCAGAGAUUCAUAUACCGGAGAUCCAUUCACUAGAUGUUUCCCCAUCCCACAAGCCUUACCACCAUCCAUAGACGAACCUUCACAACCGUGCUUGCCAUCCCCUUGUGGUCCAAAUUCGGAGUGCCGUGUAGUUAACGGUGGUCCAUCUUGUCAAUGUCUAUCCACAUACAUUGGAAGUCCACCAAACUGUCGACCAGAAUGUACAGUAAACUCUGACUGUUCACCUAGUCAAGCCUGCAUGAGAGAAAAAUGCAGGGACCCUUGUCCAGGCUCCUGUGGUUCCAACGCCCAGUGCACGGUGCUCAAUCAUGUUCCUAUAUGUUCCUGUUUCAAUGGAUACACUGGGGAUCCCUUUAGCAAUUGCUACCCUGCUCCCGCGACACCAACGGAACCGUCAGUGGCUGAUCCUUGCGCGUCUACCCCUUGUGGUCCCAAUGCACGUUGCGAAAGUGGAAUAUGUACAUGCCUGACAGACUAUCAGGGUGAUCCAUAUGUUGGAUGCCGACCAGAGUGUGUACUGAAUACCGAUUGUGCCCAGAACCGCGCUUGUUUGAGAAACAAAUGCGUCGACCCUUGUCCUGGUACUUGCGGUCGAAAUGCAGAGUGUCUCGUAUACAAUCAUGUGCCCAUGUGCAGUUGUCCAAGUGGAAUGGUUGGCAAUGCGUUCGUACUGUGCACUGUCGCUCAAGAUACCGUAAAGGGUAACCCAUGCUCUCCUUCGCCUUGUGGACCAAACAGCGUCUGUCGCGAGAUCAAUGGUCAGCCUGUUUGCUCCUGCGUAGCAGGAUUCUUAGGAGCACCACCUACCUGUAGACCGGAGUGUACAGUCAGUUCCGAUUGUCCUCUGACACAAGCUUGUAGCAACCAGAAAUGUGUCAACCCAUGUUCUGGAACAUGCGGCUUCAGAGCCACUUGCAACGUCGUCAAUCAUAAUCCCAUAUGUGGCUGCCCACCUCAGCUUACAGGCGAUCCAUUUGUCCAAUGUGUCCCACGACCUCCCGAGCCUGCUGUACCGCAAAAUCCAUGCGAACCAUCUCCGUGUGGACCCAAUGCAGAAUGCAGAGUCGUCAAUGAUGCUCCGUCUUGCUCUUGUUUAUCUGAAUUCAUAGGCACCCCUCCCAAUUGCAGACCUGAAUGUGCCAGUAAUAGCGAAUGUGCAACUCAUUUGGCUUGUAUCAAUCAGAAAUGCAGAGAUCCUUGUCCUGGAUCAUGUGGCGCGAACGCGGAAUGUCGUGUUGUCAGUCAUACCCCUAUGUGUGCCUGUUCCAACGACUAUACCGGUGAUCCCUUCAGUCAAUGUACUCCUAUACCAUCUGUUCCCGUGAAUCUUUCGCCAUGUAGUCCAUCACCUUGUGGCUUUAACGCUAUAUGCAAAGAGCAAAAUGGAGUAGGUUCUUGUUCCUGUUUAGCUGACUAUAUCGGCAACCCCUACGAUGGGUGUCGUCCUGAGUGUGUCGUUGACACUGAUUGUCCAUCUACACUGAGCUGUAUACGUUCCAAAUGUCAAGACCCCUGCCCUGGUACCUGCGGCACAAACGCGGAGUGCAAGGUGAUCAAUCACAGGCCUGCGUGCACAUGCAUUCAGGGUUACAGUGGAAAUCCCUUCCAAUACUGUUCCGUAAUGCCCGCAAUAGAGGAUGAGAUGCAGUAUAAGGAUCCGUGCAGUCCUUCACCUUGCGGACCCAACAGUCAAUGUCGCGUAGUAAACGGCCAAGGUGUAUGCUCCUGUCUACCAGAAUUCACGGGAGCGCCUCCUAUGUGCCAUCCGGAGUGUACUUUAAAUUCAGAAUGUCCACAAGAUCGCGCAUGUGUUAACCAAAAAUGCGUGAACCCUUGUCCCGCAUCGUGUGGCACUUUCGCAACUUGCGUGAUCAGGAACCACAGUCCAAUAUGUGCUUGUAGACCAUUAUAUACUGGAGAUCCUUUCACAAGAUGUUUCCCCAUGCCACAAUCCUCACCACCUACAGCAGUUGAUACUUCACAACCUUGUUUACCUUCUCCUUGUGGCCCAAAUUCAGAAUGUCGUGUAGUCAGUGGGGGCCCAUCUUGUCAGUGUCGACCAAGUUACGUUGGAAGUCCACCAAACUGUCGACCAGAAUGUACAGUGAAUUCUGACUGUUCACCUAGUCAAGCUUGCGUGAGAGAAAAGUGCACAGACCCCUGCCCGGGUUCUUGCGGUUCGAAUGCUCAAUGUAUGGUACUUAAUCACGUUCCUAUAUGUUCCUGCUUUGAAGGAUAUACGGGUGAUCCUUUUACUGGUUGCAACCUAACUCCCGUUAGUCCAACAGGACCAACUGUUGUCGAUCCUUGUGCAUUAUCGCCUUGUGGCGCUAACGCACGUUGUAAUGAUGGAAUCUGCACUUGUCUACCAGAAUAUCAGGGUGAUCCUUAUGUUGGUUGUCGACCAGAAUGCGUACUAAAUGGGGAUUGUCCUCAAAAUAAGGCUUGUCUAAGAAACAAGUGUGUUGAUCCUUGCCCUGGUACAUGUGGUGUAAAUGCACAGUGUCAAACGUAUAAUCAUGUGCCCAUGUGCAGCUGUCCUAGUGGAAUGGUGGGAAACGCCUUCGUUCAAUGCAAUGUUGUACAAGAAACCGAAAAGGAAAACCCUUGCUCUCCUUCGCCUUGUGGACCUAAUAGUGUCUGUCGACAGAUCAAUGAACAAGCAGUCUGCUCGUGCGUACCAGGAUAUCUAGGUUCUCCACCUACCUGUAGACCAGAAUGUACAGUCAGUUCCGACUGUCCUCUAACAGAAGCGUGUAACAAUCAAAAAUGUGUAAAUCCCUGUCCUGGUACUUGUGGAUUUAGAGCCACCUGCAAUGUUGUCAAUCACAAUCCUAUAUGUAGCUGUCCAGCUGAUCUCACUGGCGAUCCAUUUGUCCAAUGUGUCCCACGACCACCUGUGCCCGUAGUGCCACAAAAUCCAUGCGAACCCUCUCCAUGUGGUCCAAAUUCAGAAUGUAAAGUCGUGAAUGAUGCUCCUUCCUGUUCCUGUUCGCUAGAAUUUAUAGGCACUCCUCCCAAUUGUAGACCAGAAUGUGCUAGCAACAGCGAAUGUCCAAGUCAGAUGGCUUGCAUCAAUCAGAAAUGCAGAGAUCCUUGCCCUGGAUCCUGCGGAGCAAACGCGGAGUGUCGUGUUGUCAGUCACACUCCAAUGUGUGUCUGCCCUGAAGAUUAUACUGGCGAUCCUUUCACCCAAUGUGCACUUAGACCACCUGUCCCCAUCAAUAUUUCUCCUUGCACCCCAUCACCGUGUGGUUUCAACGCGAUAUGCAGAGAACAAAACGGCGUAGGUUCAUGCUCCUGUUUAACCGAUUAUAUGGGCAAUCCAUACGAAGGAUGUCGUCCAGAAUGUGUGAUUGACACGGAUUGUCCAUCCACAUUGAGUUGUAUACGUUCCAAAUGCCAAGAUCCCUGUCCUGGUACUUGUGGCACGAACACAGAAUGCAGAGUCAUUAAUCAUCGUCCUGCGUGCACGUGCAUUCAAGGUUACACUGGAAAUCCAUUCCAAUACUGCACCCCCAUUCCACAAAUAGAAGAUGAAACGCAAAAUAAGGAUCCGUGCAACCCUUCACCUUGCGGACCAAACAGUCAAUGUCGCAUCGUAAAUGGGCAAGGUGUUUGCUCUUGCCUGGCUGAAUUCACUGGCACACCUCCCAUGUGCCGUCCCGAGUGUACUUUAAAUUCAGAAUGCCCACAAGAUCGUGCGUGCGUUAACCAGAAGUGUGUUAAUCCAUGUCCUGCCUCUUGCGGAACAUUCGCCACUUGUGUAGUCAGGAACCAUAGUCCAAUCUGUGCGUGCAGAGAAUCAUAUACCGGAGAUCCUUUUACCAUAUGUUUCCCCACGCCACAGGCUACACCUCCUACAGCAGUCCAAGUUUCACAACCUUGUUUGCCUUCUCCGUGUGGUCCAAAUUCAGAAUGUCACAUAGUCAACGGAGGUCCAUCUUGUCAAUGUCUACCAACUUAUAUUGGAAGCCCUCCCAACUGUCGACCAGAGUGUACAGUAAACUCUGAUUGUUCCCCUAGUCAAGCUUGCAUGAGAGAAAAGUGCAGAGAUCCUUGCCCAGGUUCUUGUGGUUCCAAUGCUCAAUGUAUGGUCUUGAAUCAUAUCCCAAUAUGCUCCUGUUUCGAAGGAUACACGGGAGAUCCUUUCAGCAAUUGCUAUCCAGCUCCUAUUAGACCAAUUGAACCAAAUGUUGUCGAUUCCUGUGCAUCGUCGCCUUGUGGUCCUAAUGCACGUUGCGACAAUGGAGUCUGUACAUGUUUACCAGAGUACCAGGGUGAUCCUUAUGUUGGAUGCCGACCAGAAUGCGUAUUAAAUACGGAUUGCCCUUUGAAUCGAGCUUGUAUAAGAAACAAGUGUGUCGACCCUUGUCCUGGAACAUGUGGCUUAAAUGCAGAGUGUCGCGUAUAUAAUCACGUACCCAUGUGCAGUUGUCCCAGUGGAAUGGUUGGAAAUGCGUUUGUUCAGUGCAAUAUCCUACAAGAUACCGUAGAAGGAAACCCAUGUUCACCCUCGCCGUGUGGACCAAACAGUGUUUGUCGAGAGAUUAAUGGUCAGCCUGUCUGCUCCUGUGUAACAGGCUAUUUAGGAGCACCACCUUCUUGUAGACCAGAAUGUACAGUCAGCUCCGAUUGUCCCUUGACAGAAGCUUGUAAUAAUCAGAAGUGUGUAAAUCCUUGCCCCGGUUCGUGCGGAUUCAGAGCUACUUGCAACGUUGUAAAUCACAAUCCUAUAUGCAGCUGUCCACCUGAACUUUCUGGCGAUCCAUUUGUUCAGUGUGUUCCACGACCACCCGAGCCCGCAGUACCGCAAAACCCAUGCGAACCCUCUCCGUGUGGACCCAAUGCAGAAUGCAGAGUCGUCAAUGAUGCUCCCUCUUGCUCGUGUUUAUCGGAAUUUAUAGGCAGCCCACCCAAUUGCAGACCUGAAUGCGCCAGCAAUAGCGAAUGUCCAAGUCAGUUGGCCUGCGUGAAUCAAAAGUGCAGAGACCCUUGCCCUGGAUCCUGUGGGAUAAACGCUGAAUGUCGUGUUGUCAGUCACACUCCUCUGUGUGUUUGCCCUAGCGACUAUACUGGAGAUCCUUUCACUCAAUGUUCACCCAAUCCACCUGUCCCUGUCAGUCAGUCUCCGUGCACUCCAUCACCGUGCGGUUUCAACGCGAUAUGCAAAGAACAAAACGGUGUAGGAUCCUGUACCUGUUUGGCCGAUUACGUCGGUAACCCUUACGAAGGAUGUCGCCCCGAAUGCGUCGUUGACACUGACUGUCCAUCCACGCAGAGCUGUAUACGCUCUAGGUGUCAGGAUCCUUGUCCCGGCACAUGCGGCACAAAUGCAGAAUGCAAAGUCAUCAACCAUCGUCCUGCAUGCACGUGUAUUCAAGGUUAUAGUGGAAAUCCUUUCCAACAUUGCGCAUUGAUACGCGAAAUAGAAGAUGAAACGAAAUACAAAGAUCCGUGCAACCCUUCAUCUUGUGGACCUAACAGUCAAUGUCGCGUAGUAAAUGGUCAAGCUGUUUGCUCUUGUCUGCCAGAAUACACGGGCACGCCUCCAAUGUGUCGCCCCGAGUGUGUUCUAAACUCAGAGUGUCCUCAAGAUCGCGCUUGCGUUAACCAAAAGUGCAUGGACCCAUGCCCCAAUUCUUGUGGUACGUUUGCCACCUGCGUGGUCAAAAGUCACAGUCCGAUCUGUGCUUGCAGAGAAUCAUACACCGGAGAUCCUUUCAUCAGAUGUUUCCCCGCUCCACAAGCCCUACCACCUACAGCAGUCGAAGCUACACAGCCCUGUUUGCCUUCCCCGUGUGGUCCAAAUUCAGAAUGUCGUGUAGUCAAUGGCGGUCCAUCCUGUCAAUGUCUACCCACUUACAUUGGAAGCCCUCCAAAUUGUCGUCCAGAGUGUACAGUAAACUCUGACUGUUCACCUAGUAAAGCCUGUAUUGGAGAAAAAUGCAGAGACCCAUGCCCAGGUUCUUGCGGUUUCAAUGCUCAAUGUACAGUAUUCAAUCACGUUCCUAUGUGUUCCUGUAUCGCUGGAUAUACCGGUGAUCCUUUCAGUCAAUGCAAUCAACUAAUCACUCCUCCAGCUGAACCAACACAGACGGAUUUAUGUAAUCCAUCACCCUGUGGACCUAACGCUAUUUGCAACGACGGAAUCUGUUCUUGCAUGCCCGAUUACUAUGGGGAUUCCACCAUCGGUUGUCGACCAGAAUGUGUACUUAAUAACGACUGCCCCCGAAACAAAGCUUGCGUGAGAAAUAAAUGCGAGAAUCCCUGCGUUGGUGCGUGUGCUCCUGAUGCAAUUUGCGACGUGGUUAAUCAUGUUCCAAUGUGCAGUUGUUCUCCUGGUUUCGAAGGAAACGCCUUUGCAUUCUGUCGUCCAGCUAUAGCCGAACUUCCAUCUAAUCCGUGCAAUCCAUCGCCUUGCGGAUCUAACAGUCAAUGUCGAGUGAAGAAUGGCCAGGCAGUAUGUAGUUGCGUACCAGGUUAUUUAGGAAACCCGCCAAACUGUCGCCCAGAAUGUGUGGUCAGCUCCGAUUGCCCACCAAACGAGAGUUGUAGUAAUCAGAAGUGCAUAAAUCCUUGUGUGGGCUCGUGUGGCUUGGGAGCUCGUUGCACUGUCGCGAAUCGUAAUCCUAUUUGCCACUGUCCUGAAGGAUUCACGGGAGAUCCUUUCAUUAGGUGUCUUCCACUUCCACCAGUUCAACCAGAACCGAUAAACGUUUGCCAGCCAUCACCAUGCGGACCCAAUGCUCAGUGCCAAAUAUCAGGAAAUUCACCUUCAUGCAGUUGUUUACCCGAAUUUAUCGGUUCACCGCCAUAUUGCAAGCCAGAAUGCAUUAGUAACAGCGAAUGUCCUACAAAUUUGGCGUGUAUAAAUCAAAAGUGUCGCGAUCCUUGUCCCGGUUCCUGUGGCGCCAAUGCAGAAUGCAGAAUAAUUAGCCACACGCCUAUGUGCGUUUGCUCUUCGGGUUUCGUUGGUGAUCCAUUUGUACAGUGUACUCCAAAACCAGCUGUCCAAGACCAAGAAAUAGAGAAACUCACCCCAUGUGUACCAUCUCCUUGUGGAUCUAAUGCAGUGUGUAACGAACAAAACGGCGCAGCAUCCUGUAAAUGCAUCACUGAUUAUAUUGGCAAUCCUUAUGAAGGUUGUCGGCCAGAGUGUAUCGUUAAUUCCGAUUGCUCGGCUGAUCAAGCUUGUGUUAGAUCAAAAUGUCAGAACCCUUGUCCAGGAUUCUGUGGAUACAAUGCAAUGUGUCAAGUUGUUAAUCAUGUUCCAUUAUGUACCUGUCAAUAUGGAUAUACCGGAGAUCCAUUCGUUCAAUGUAACUUUAUUCAAGCUCCACCGGAACCAGCUGACCCUUGUAAUCCAUCACCCUGCGGUCUGAACAGUCUGUGUCGUGUAUUCAAUGGACAGGCUAUCUGUUCGUGUUCACCUACGUUUUUGGGAUCUCCACCGAUGUGUAGGCCAGAGUGUACGGUCAGCUCAGAGUGUACAACAAACCGUGCUUGCAAGAACCUUAAAUGCGUCGACCCUUGUCCUGGAAUUUGUGGUAUCAAUGCCAGAUGCGAGGCCAUUAAUCACAGUCCGAUCUGUAGCUGCAACGUAGGAUAUACCGGCGAUCCCUUCGUUAGAUGUUUCAAAGUUCCAACGGUAUCCGAACCAGUGAACCCUUGCGUGCCAUCACCCUGUGGCCCGUUCUCCGUGUGUCGCGUUGUUGGAAACGCGGACCUACCAAGCUGUACCUGUAUAGACGAUUACAUAGGAACUCCACCAAACUGUCGGCCGCAGUGUACUAUCGAUUCAGAAUGUGCCAGUAACCGAGCUUGCCUCAGACAAAAGUGUACAGAUCCUUGUCCAGGUUCCUGUGGUACCGGGGCAGAAUGUUUAGUAGUGAAUCACAUGGCUGUGUGCACUUGUCCCCAAGGAUUCACAGGCGAUUCAUUUGUCAAUUGUUUCCUAGAAUCUCCUCCUUCACCAACAGCGCCCCAAGAUGCCUGCAACCCCUCACCGUGUGGAUCUAACGCACUGUGUCGCGAUGGUAUAUGCACUUGUCUACCAGAAUACCAUGGUGAUCCAUAUUACGGAUGUCGUCCGGAGUGUGUCCAGAACCCAGACUGUCCUCUAGACAGAGCUUGCAAUCGUAACAAGUGUUUCGAUCCUUGUACCGGUGUCUGCGGACAGAAUGCCGAAUGCGUGGUGAUAAAUCAUACUCCCAUGUGCAGUUGCCCCGAUGGCAUGUCAGGAAACGCGUUCACAGCAUGUUUCCCAGUGAAAGACCCAGAGAUAGUACAACCUUGCAACCCGUCACCCUGUGGUCCUAAUAGUAGGUGUCAGGACAUCAGUGGACAGGCAGUGUGUUCGUGUGCCCCUGGUUACAUAGGAAACCCACCAGCUUGUCGACCUGAAUGUAUAGUUAACAGUGACUGUCCAUUGAACGAAGCUUGCGUGAAUCUCAAGUGUAGAGACCCGUGUCCUGGAUCCUGUGGAGUGUCAGCUAGGUGUCAGGUCGUCAAUCAUAAUCCUAUUUGCAGCUGUCCUUCGGUAUUCACUGGCGAUCCCUUCGUGCGUUGUUUACCUAAACCUGAAGAACCAGUGCAACCAACCAGCCCGUGUCAACCAUCACCGUGCGGUCCAAACGCAGUUUGUCAAGUGGUUAAUAAUUCUCCCUCGUGUUCUUGUAAACCAGAAUUUAUCGGUGUUCCGCCAAACUGCAAACCAGAGUGUAUCAGUAAUAGCGAAUGCGGUAGUCACUUGGCGUGUAUCGAGCGUAAAUGCAGAGAUCCUUGCGCCGGUUCUUGUGGUUCGAACGCGGAAUGUCACGUUGUGAAUCAUGUUCCAUCGUGCAUUUGCUCGAAGGACUUCACAGGAGAUCCGUUCGUUCAGUGCAUUGCCAGACAACCGGAGAUAACAGUCGCACCUAGACCCUGUCAACCCUCUCCGUGCGGAGCAAACGCCAUUUGUCGCGAACAGAAUGAUCUUAGUUCCUGUACCUGUUUGCCCGAGUACAUCGGCAAUCCUUACGAAGGAUGUCGACCAGAAUGCACUCGAUCGUCAGACUGUCCCUCUCAUUUAGCUUGUAUCAGAUCCAAAUGUCAAAAUCCUUGCCCUGGUUCUUGUGGCUCCAAUACCAACUGUCAAGUAGUAAACAAUCUACCUGUGUGCAGCUGUAUCCCGCAGUACACUGGCGAUCCAUACGUGAAUUGCGUAUACAAAGCUCCCACAAUUGACGAAGACGAGCGAGACGUAUGCCAACCAUCCCCUUGUGGUCCAAAUAGCCAGUGCCAGAAAGUAAAUGGUCAGGCAGUGUGCUCGUGUCAGCCUCAAUAUGUAGGAACCCCACCGAACUGUAGACCAGAGUGUGUCGUGAAUUCGGAAUGUAACUCGAAUCUCGCGUGUAUUAACCAGAAGUGUAGAGAUCCUUGUCCUGGUACUUGUGGCCGUAACGCACAGUGCAAGGUUGUGCACCACAGUCCGAUUUGCAGCUGUGGAAGCGGUUUGACGGGAGAUCCGUUUGUUUACUGUUUCCCUGCUCCAAUGCCAAAACCGGAAGAGCCGUACCCUAAGGAUCCGUGCACCCCAUCCCCCUGUGGUUCAAACGCCAUGUGCAAGGCCGUUGGAGAAACUCCAGUCUGCACUUGCAUAAACAACUACAUUGGAGUGCCACCAAAUUGUCGACCGCAAUGUUCCAUCAAUUCAGAUUGCACAGCAGACAGAGCUUGCAUUAGAGAGAAGUGUAGAGAUCCCUGUCCAGGAUCUUGUGGCGUGAACGCACGCUGUACAGUUGUCAAUCAUACGCCAGCUUGCACUUGUCCUGAAGGAUACACGGGCGAUCCUUUCAUCAGCUGUUCACCAACUCCUCCGCCAAUCAUCUCAGAAGCCCCAACAGACCCAUGCAACCCAUCACCGUGUGGACCAAACGCACAAUGCAAUAAUGGCGUGUGCACUUGCGUGCCUGGUUAUCUGGGCGACCCAUACACCAUUUGCCGUCCUGAAUGUGUUAUCAACACCGACUGUUCCCGAAACGAAGCCUGCCUACUGCACAAAUGCAGAAAUCCCUGUGUAGGAACCUGUGGAGUAAACGCAGAGUGCAACGUGGUCAAUCAUCUACCUAUGUGCAGCUGUCCUAGGAACAUGACAGGCAAUGCUUUCGUUUCGUGUAAUCCUAUUCAAGAAACUACCGCAGUCGAUCUAUGCAACCCAUCACCCUGCGGUUCGAACAGCCAUUGUCGUCCUUCCAACGGUCAAGCUGUCUGCAGCUGCGUUACUGGAUUCAAAGGAUCGCCACCAUUCUGUAGAGCGGAGUGUAUUGUUAGCACAGAUUGUCCUCGAAACAGAGCUUGCAGUAACCAAAAAUGCAUCGACCCUUGUCUCGGUGCUUGUGGAUUGUCUGCUCAGUGUUCCGUGAUCAAUCAUAAUCCUGUGUGUAGCUGCUUCGAGCAGUAUACCGGAGAUCCAUUUGUUCAGUGUGUCCCACAAAUAAAAGAGCCAGAUACCCCAAUAAAUCCUUGUCAGCCAUCGCCUUGCGGUCCAAACGCUCGAUGCCAAGUCACCAACAACGCACCCUCGUGUUCUUGUCUUCCUGAAUUCGUAGGAGUCCCACCAUAUUGCAAGCCCGAAUGUCUGAGUAAUACAGAAUGUUCAGCGCAGCAGGCUUGCAUCAAUCAGAAAUGCGCGGAUCCUUGCCCUGGCUCCUGUGGCAGGAACACAGAAUGCAGGACGAUUAGUCACACCCCUAUGUGCACUUGUGCAAGCAAUUUCACUGGAAAUCCGUUCGUACAAUGUACACCCCAACCAAUCGAAGAUAGACCACAAAAACUCAACCCCUGUCAACCAUCUCCCUGUGGCCCGAACGCCAUUUGUCGCGAAUCGUACGGUACAGCUCGGUGCACCUGCUUACCAGACUUCUAUGGAAACCCAUACGAAAAUUGUAGGCCAGAGUGUAUUAUCAAUGCCGACUGUCCAUCUAACCGCGCCUGUAUAAGGAACAAGUGUCAAGACCCCUGUCCAGGAACCUGUGGCUUUAACGCCGAUUGUCAAGUGGUGAAUCACAUUCCAAUUUGCAGUUGUAGCUCAGGUUACACUGGUGAUCCAUUUACAGCUUGCAGCAUACUUAAACAACCCCCUGUGACGAGUCUGACGAAUCCCUGCGAACCUUCACCCUGUGGACCAAACAGUAAGUGCGCCGAUGUGAAUGGCCAAGCCACUUGUUCUUGCCUUCCCGAUUUCAAAGGCACACCACCAGGAUGUAGACCCGAGUGUGUUGUUAGUACAGAAUGUGCUAGCAACAGAGCUUGCGUGAAUCAGAAAUGCGUUGACCCUUGCCCUGGAGUUUGUGGGAUAAGCGCGAGAUGCGAGGUUUUCCAUCACAGUCCCAUUUGUAGCUGCGAUCCUCGUCAGACGGGAGAUCCAUUUGUAAAGUGUUUCGAUGUGACCACACCAAGUCCGCCUGUACCUGUAAACCCAUGCGUUCCAUCGCCCUGCGGCCCAUUCUCUCAAUGUCAAGACAUAGGAGGCAUUCCAUCCUGCUCCUGUUUACCCAAUUACGUUGGUUCAGCCCCCAACUGUCGACCAGAAUGUUCGAUUAAUUCAGACUGUACCAGUGACAAGGCUUGCAUCAGAGAAAAGUGUAGAGACCCGUGUCCAGGAUCCUGUGGAACGAACGCAUAUUGCAAUGUGAUCAAUCAUACACCUGUUUGCACUUGUCCUACAGAUUACACGGGAGAUCCCUUCACCAGUUGCCGCCUAACGCCCACAUUUGUACCCCCAGUCUCAUCAGACCCGUGCAAUCCAUCGCCUUGCGGUCCGAACGCGCUAUGUCGAAAUGGUGUGUGCAGCUGCAUAAGCGAAUAUCGUGGUGAUCCGUAUCAAGGUUGUCGACCAGAGUGCGUGCAGAAUUCCGAUUGCACGUUUGAUAGAGCUUGCUCCAACAAUAAGUGCGUGGACCCUUGCACUGGAAUCUGUGGACAGAACGCUGAGUGCGUUGUGGUUAACCAUAUUCCCACUUGUAGUUGUGUUGAAAAUCACGAAGGAGAUCCAUUUACCCUCUGCAGACCUAUUCGAAAACGCGUGAAACCUUGCGAACCUUCGCCCUGUGGACCCAACAGCGUUUGCCGCGAGUUUGGCGAGCAAGCUUCUUGUUCCUGUCUCCCUGGAUAUUUUGGAACUCCACCCAGCUGUAGACCCGAAUGUUUGGUGAACUCUGACUGCGAACAGAGCAGAGCUUGCGUGAACGAACGCUGUCAGAACCCGUGUGAAAACGUGUGCGGUCAAGGAGCGUUGUGUAACGUACGAAACCAUAAUCCCAUUUGCAGUUGCCCCGCACAGUAUUCCGGUGACCCAUUCGUCAGCUGUUUCCCCAUGAAACCGCAGUACGAAGAACCCCGCCAGGACCCAUGCAAACCCUCGCCGUGUGGACCAAACUCCCAAUGCACAGUAUCACCAGACAAUAAAGCCUCCUGCGCCUGUAUGCCUGAAUUUGUAGGCUCUCCUCCCAAUUGUAGGCCAGAAUGUCUCGUGAACAGCGAGUGUCCCAGCAAUCAAGCUUGCGUUAGACAGAAGUGUACCGAUCCUUGUACAGGACUCUGCGGCACUGACGCUCUCUGCCAAGUUACCCUGCAUUACAUCCGUUGCGUGUGUCCCGAGGGAUACACCGGAAACCCGUUCGCUAUUUGUUCCGUAGCCAGCACACCUGUUGAACCACCAACACCUUCGAGACCGUGCAGUCCUUCACCGUGUGGAACUAACGCAUAUUGUCGCGAGAGACACAAUACUGCGUAUUGCGAGUGUCUGCCAGAUUUCAGGGGAAAUCCGUAUGAAGGCUGUCAACCAGAGUGUUUGGUGAACACUGACUGUCCGAAAUCCCAAGCUUGUAUUCGAACCAAGUGUCAAGAUCCUUGUCCUGGUACUUGUGGCGUUGGAGCCAUUUGUACUGUGUCCAAUCAUAUUCCGAUUUGUUCCUGUCCUUUACCUACUAUCGGAGACGCGUUCACCAUCUGCCAUGCUGUUCCUCAAGUACCAAAGGAAAGAGAUCCUUGCUCACCAUCCCCAUGUGGACCUAACACCAUCUGCCAAAAGAUCGGCGACUCGGCAGUCUGCAAGUGUUUGCCCGGUCUUCAAGGAGUUCCUUCGAGUGUCACAGGCUGUCAUCCAGAGUGUGUGAUCAGCUCUGAUUGUCCAGGAGACAAAGCUUGCAUCGGCAACAAAUGCAUAAAUCCUUGCACGCAAAACGUGUGUGGUAUCAAGGCUACGUGUCAAGCUAUCAAUCACAGUCCCCUCUGCAGUUGUACAUCUCCGUUGAUCGGCAAUCCAUUCGAAGAAUGUUACACCAAAAUUGAAACCGAUCCUUGUAAUCCAUCUCCGUGUAGCUAUAACGGUGAAUGUCAAGUCAGAAACGGCGUUGCAGUAUGCAGUUAUCCGGAAUGUGUCAUUAAUUCCGACUGUCCACGAGACAGGGCUUGUUUCGCCCAGAAAUGCAGAGACCCUUGCAUCGGUGCUUGUGGCAUUAAUUCACUGUGUCAGACAGUCAACCAUAAACCUGUCUGCUCCUGUCCGUCUGGAUUCACUGGCAACGCUCGCAUACAGUGCACCGUUCUAACAAUCGAAGAACCAACUGCAGAGUGCACUCAGAACUCCGAAUGUCCGAACGACAAGACUUGUUACAAUCAAAAAUGCGUCGAUCCUUGCACACUGGAUUCCUGUGGCUUCAACAGUCGUUGUCACGUACAAAUGCAUCGAGCAGUCUGUGUCUGCAACGAAGGCUUCACUGGCAAUCCUCAACAAUACUGCGGCGAAAUUGGUUGUCGCGGUGACAGCGAUUGUCCAUUGACUCAAUCUUGCAUCAACAACGAGUGCAUAGAUGCCUGCUCCGUGACACAGUGCGGUGUGAAUGCAUUCUGCAGAUCCGAUGGAUACCAUAGGCCAAGAUGCUACUGUUCUGACGGAUACUUAGGAAAUCCGUACCAAAUAUGCGAGAGACCAGAGUGCGUUAAUGACAACGACUGCCCAUCCUCUUUAGCCUGUCGCGAUUCAAAAUGCGUAAAUCCUUGUGAUUGUCCACCAUCAGCGCAAUGUUUCGUGAUUAAUCAUCGUCCUAUUUGUCGAUGCCCUCCUGGUUACGUGGGAAAUCCAUAUACCUCGUGUCUAAUGGAACCAAUCGAACCACAGCCACAGUGUCAAGUAGAUGGAGACUGUCCCAGCAAACUGGGUUGUUUCAAUGGCGUUUGUAAAGAUCCGUGUGUCGAAACCAAACCUUGCAUCGCUGGGGCGAAGUGUACCGUCGUAGACACUUUACCAAUGAGAACUAUGGUUUGCGAAUGCUUGCAAAACUUUGCUGGAGACGCGACCGUCGCUUGUAUUCCUGUGGACAAGAAGAUCGAAGCCAUUUGUAAAUCCGACGCCCAAUGCUCCUCCAACAUGGCCUGUCUGAAUGAAAGAUGUAUCAAUCCGUGUAUUAUCAAUCCAUGUGCUUCAAAUGCAGAGUGCUCUGUCCAAAAUCAUUAUCGACAGUGUCAUUGCUCGCGUGGCACCGCAGGCGAUCCAUUUGUAAAUUGUUAUAGAGACACUGACUCGUUCCCGGAGUGUACAACGAACGCAGAUUGCGCGACCAACGAGGCUUGCAUUAGCCAGCUAUGUCAGAGUCCAUGUGUCAGCACGCAAUGUGGUUUGAACGCGGAAUGUAUCACUGUCAAUCAUCAUCCGACCUGUCACUGCCAGCAGAACUACGCGGGAGAUCCUCAAGUGCAAUGUUUCAAACCCGAGUGCAAGUCAGAUAGCGAUUGUCCUUACGACAAGACCUGUCUGCGCGACACUUGUGUUACUCCUUGCCUGGUCGGAGAUAUCGCGUGCGGUCGUGGCGCAGAAUGUAUCGCCGUCUCUCACAGGGCGCAAUGCGUCUGUCCACGAGGUACCCAAGGCGACCCAAGAAUCGCCUGUAUUUCCACAGUGUGCCAUUACAACGAGGAUUGCGCAGAUCACGAAGCCUGCGACAGGCUGAACAGAGUCUGUCGACCAGUUUGCGAGGACGAUACUUGUGCGGAUACUGCGAAAUGCGUCGCGAGAGAUCAUCAGCCUAAGUGCACUUGUCCUUUGGGAACUACUGGAAAUCCAUAUGUUGAGUGCAGUGGUGUGCCAAUUGAAGCAGAGUGCAAAGAAGACAGCGAAUGUCCAGCAUAUUUCGCAUGCAUCAACUCAAAAUGCCAAGAUCCUUGCUUAUCCUCUAACAUGUGCUCUGGUGAACAAGAAUGCAAAGUACUGAACACGGUGCCUCUUCGUACGAUGAUCUGCACUUGCCCUGCAAACACUAUCACCGACGUAAAUGGACUAUGCAAGAAAAUCGGAGUCCUGCAGUGCUACCAAGAUCAGGACUGCAACGAUUCUGACAAGUGUGUGGGUGGAACUUGCAUCGAGGCUUGUCUGACCACUCAGUGUGGAGUGAAUGCCCAAUGUGUGGCAACUGGAAUCUGUCAUUGCGCGCCUGGAUUUACUGGCAACCCCUACAUCGAGUGCGGUAGACUUCCAAUACCACAGCCACCAGUUCGUCCAGAAUGCUACUCUAACAGCGAGUGCUCCGACGACAAACGGUGCAUAAAUUCUCUCUGCGUGAAUCCUUGUGUUGUCGAGGACCCAUGCGGCAGAAAUGCACUAUGUCACGCGAACAAUCACAAUCCAGUCUGUAGAUGUCCUGCCAACUACAUUGGCGAUCCAAGAAACAACUGCGUUCCACCGGAAAUUGUAACUGAAUGUACUUCGAACAGCGAUUGCGCGGGUAACGCUGCCUGUAUAAACAACUUGUGCAUCAAUCCUUGUAAUUGUGGUCCGAACGCCAAAUGCAACGUCGUAGAUCAUUAUCCAUCCUGUGUCUGUCCGCCUGGUUAUUCUGGAAAUCCUCAACUAGGUUGCUUCAAAUUGGACUGUGAAUCGGACAGUGAAUGCAACAGCGCAGCAACGUGCUACAAUGGCCAAUGCGUGAAUCCUUGCAUCCUGGAGAACAAGUGUGCGAUAAACGCAGAAUGUUACGGCCAAAACCAUCGAGCCAUUUGUCGUUGCGGUCCAGGUUAUCUAGGCAAUCCGGAAGUGCAUUGUGAAAGAGUGGAGUGCAGCGCUGAUCACGAUUGUCCUCGAAAUUUAGCCUGCGACAGCGGACGCUGCGUUAAUCCUUGUCUAGAAGAUUCACCGUGUGCUCAAAACGCAAUCUGCUACGUACAGGACCACGUGGCCACCUGCCGUUGCCCAGAGAAUAUUCCUGUUGGAAAUCCAUAUUCCUACUGUACACAUCAUCCCACGACAACAUUCGACGAACCAGAAUGUAGAAUCGAUAUUGACUGCGCUGACAAAUUGGUGUGCAUUAAAAAUAAGUGUAUAGACCCCUGUCCAGUGAUCAAACCAUGUCUGCAGAAUGCACGUUGCAACGUUUUGGACACUGUGCCCGUGAGGACCAUGACGUGCACGUGUCCCGAAGGUUGGACCACUGACGUUGACGGCGUUUGUAGACCAAUCCAAAUAGGAAUAAUCGGCACUUGCACGACGAACGACGAGUGCAGCGACACAGAGUCCUGCAUCAACAGACAAUGCAGGAACCCUUGCAACUGCGGUACCAACGCUGCGUGCACCGUGCGAAACCAUAAACCGAUCUGCUCUUGCGAAGAAGGCUACCAAGGCAACCCGGACAUCGCUUGCUAUUCCGUAGAGUGCACGCACGACAGCGAAUGUGCUCUAGACAAGAGUUGCGUGAACAACAAUUGCGUGAAUCCUUGCCUAAUCUCCGAUAACUGUGCAGUAAACGCAGAAUGCUUCCCCAACAAUCAUAAAGCCGACUGUCGAUGCCGUAACGGUUAUCAUGGAAAUCCUUUGGAUCGAUGCAGAGUAAUCGGUUGCUACAGCAAUGGCGACUGUCCUGGAGACCAUUCCUGUAUCAAUAUGCAGUGCAUCAAUCCUUGCGUUCAUAGCAAUCCUUGCUCGUCUAGAGCCGAAUGCAGAGUCUUUAAUCAUCUACCGAUUUGUCGUUGUCCACCUCAUCACACAGGCAAUCCUUACAUCGCUUGUAAACCGGAAGAAAGACCAGAGUGUAAAGAAGACAGUGAUUGUCCUAAUUUGUUGGCCUGCUUUGAUAAUAAAUGCCAGAAUCCUUGCACUGUCGUGCAACCUUGCAGCGAUCCAUCAGAAUGCAAAGUCCUUCCGACGUCGCCGGUUCGAACGAUGGUCUGUGUGUGUCCUAGUGGAUACGUGAGCAGCGGCAGCGGAACUUGUAGACCCACGAAACCGAUUUUGGAGAUUGAAUGUACUAACGAUAGCGACUGUCCUUCAGAAAAGUCCUGUGUUAACGCGGUGUGCAAGAAUCCUUGUGCCUGCGGCCCCAAUGCGAAGUGUAGCGUUUCAAAUCACAAACCAAUUUGCUCUUGUGUUCUGGGAUACGAUGGAAAUCCUGACUUGGCUUGCACUAAAGUCGCCGGAUGCCGCACAGAUGGUGACUGCAGUGGAUCACACGCGUGUGUCCAACACAACUGUGUUCCAGUCUGUUCUCCGUUAAUCACCACCUGCGGAAAAGACGCUCAGUGCAAUGGUAUCAAUCACAAAGCUAUCUGCGAGUGUCCACCAGGAUAUGGAGGCAAUCCUAGAGUUUCCUGUGUCCUUCUUGGUUGCAAGAGUAACUCUGAUUGUCCCACGAACAAAGCUUGCAUUAACGAGCGCUGCGAGAAUCCUUGUGCGAUAAAUCCUUGCACCGGAAACAUGGAUUGCAACGUCUAUAACCAUGUGGUCGAGUGUGCUUGUCCUCCUGGUUACAUCGGAGAUACUAAAAUGGGAUGUACUAAACUGACAGAGAAAUGCAAGGCGGAUAACGAAUGCCCAUCUCAGACCGCCUGCUUCAAUGGCGAGUGCAUCAAUCCUUGUGUGAAGAUCGAACCUUGUGGAAUAAACGCGGAUUGUAAAGUACUCGACACGUCUCCUGUAAGAACCAUGAUCUGUGAAUGCAUUCCUGGAUAUAGAGGAAACGCAGUCGUCCGCUGUGACAAAACCAACGUAUGUCCAGUGGAAAAGGGUCAAAUUCUCGAUGAGUAUGGCAAUUGUGUAUGUCCACCUGGAUCAGCUAAGGAUGAAACGGAAGUUUGUAUACCGUGUAGAAAACAAUCUGGAAUGAUCAUCAAUGAUGAAGGAUACUGUGUGUGUGCUUUGGAGAACGGUAUGAUCAUCGAUGAAUAUGGUCGCUGUGUGUGUCCAAUUCAUCAUGGAUACAGACUGGACGCGAAUGGAUAUUGCAAAUUGGUUGACAUAAUCGAGUGCAAACACGACGAUGACUGUGCUGAUAACAGAUUCUGCGAUAAAACCAGCCAAACAUGUGAAGAUCCUUGUUCAACUCAAUUAUGUGGUCUUUAUGCACUCUGUAAUGCAACUCGUCAUCAAGCUAUUUGCAUAUGCAUCAAUGGUUAUAUUGGAAAUGCUUAUACUCAAUGCUAUGACAAGAACCGAUGGCGAACCGAUUUCCCCAGACCAGAGAUGGUUGUUAGCUGUUUGUCGGAUGGAGUACAAGUCGAAAUACAUCUUCACGAUCAGGAAUUCGAUGGUGUUCUAUAUGUCAAAGGUCACAGCAAAGAUGAGCAAUGCAGGAGGGUUGUCUCCAUUCCAGCAGAAACUAUGCACAAAACCGAGAUAUUCAAGGUGGCGUUUGGAAAUUGCGGACUGAUUCAUGUAAACGGACAAGCAAGUUUCGUACUGGUCAUACAAAAGCAUCCGAAAUUGAUGACAUACAAGACUCAAGCAUACCAUAUCAAAUGCAUAUACCAAACUGGAGAACAAAACGUCACCCUGGGUUUCAAUGUUUCCAUGUUAACUACAGCUGGCACCAUUGCUAAUACUGGUCCUCCGCCAGUCUGUCUGAUGAAGAUCGUUACUCAAAGCGGAAAUGAAAUAAACUCUGCUGAAAUUGGAGAUAAUUUGAUGUUGCAAGUCGAAGUUCAGCCUUCUACUAUUUAUGGUGGAUUUGCCCGAAAUUGUGUGGCUAAAACGAUGGAAGACAAUUUAGAGAACGAGUAUAUUGUAACAGAUGAGAACGGUUGCGCGACGGAUCCGACGAUAUUCGGAGAAUGGGAGCAGGAUCCUGAAACUCAGACAUUAAUGGCCAGCUUCAAUGCUUUUAAAUUCCCAAGCAGUGACAAUAUUCGAUUCCAGUGCAAUAUCCGUGUGUGCUUUGGACGUUGUCAACCCGUCAAUUGUCGAGGAUACAACGCGUUCGGUCGUCGCCGUCGAGACGUGAGUUCCGAAACAAAUGAUACGUCUUUAAGCAUCACGGACAGCUUUGAAGGACAACUUAGAGAAGAAAUAACGAUCCAGUCGAAUUUGAUAUUCACUCUGGAGAGGAGAGAAGAGAGGUUUACAGCAGAUCCAGCUGAGAUCACCUCAGCUCAAAGAGUGGAAGACAUUUGCGUUUCUACGGUCGGCUUUGUGAUAGCACUAGUAAUUACAGCACUCUUGGCACUAGUCGCUGUAGCUAUUGCUGUUUCGUGCUGGCUAAUGGCGUAUCGUCGCCAGCCAAAGACUGCUGGACCACUGCCACAUCCACCAGAGUUCCCAAAUCCACUGUUCACUACUGAGUCCGUAGCUGAACCGUCUCCUGAUUAUCACCUAUCAUAAGUACUCUAGGAUAAUUAUUUUUUUGUAACGUAAUUUUAUAAUUCUCAAUGGAAUGCAGUACAGACCACAUUACAUUUUUUUUCUCGUUGGUCGGUCUUGUAUUUCUUUCAACGACUCCUCCAGUGACUAGACUCUUCCGUUAUCUUCCUCUCGGGGGUUUAUACCGAGCAUGUUGUACGUUCAUUGUUACAUACGAGUACCCUGAAUCAAGUUAUACAUAAAUAUACAUAGAUAGUUAGAUCAGAGCGCGUGCGAGAGAGAAACGUUUACUAUUUAUGGUGAUGGUUAGCUUCCAUUAUCUACACAAUAGAACUUUGUCUUCCGACGUAUUCUCUUGUCUUCUGUACCUUUGCUCUUCUUUUCCUGUAGUCACUGGAGGAUUUGUUAAGCAUAAUACAGCGAAUUUAAUUCCCGUGUAAAGUCGAACGAAUUAGUCUAAUAUAGCUUUCUUACUUCGUGCGUAGGUAACUGUACAUUUUAUCUAAUAAAAUGCUAAUGUAAUAUUUUUAAAAUAA